AUGAGGCAGUAUUUGAGGAUAAGCUCCAUUGUAUACAGGUAAGGAAGCAUUCCUACAAAUAUCUGGUUUGUUAUGAUCACUAUUAGUGCGAACACCAACAUCGAUCAAGCGUCUUGGUUGUAAUCGCUGAUGAAAGUGGUGUGAGACUAAUUAAGACGAAUUCUCUUCUUUGCUUCGUUUCUUUAGAUCUCAGACAUGUGUUCUUAUCUUUGCCGUCGUCUUCAGUUGCGUUAUACGCUCAGGACAACAGGAGGUCAGCUUGAAUUUUGCAUGCGAUUGUUGCAUAUACAGUGCAUGAUUAUUGUCUUUUUAAAUUACCAACGUGAAGUACGAGGAGCCAUGUUUUGAUACGACAAGCGCCUGUAACCCAUGUUGAGUCUUUUUGACAUGAACGGAUGACUGGUUUCGUGACAUUUGAAGUGUUCUUCGUCUUAAGUGUUCUGCGUAUGAUUUUCAAACGUAGUGGAUAAGUGCUAUGAGAAAGAAAACAUGAAAAUAAUAUUUAAAAACCUCUACUUAGGGCAAGGUCGUAAGCCGCUGAGAAGGUAAUAAAACAUACGCUAGAAUUUCUCAAGCUCAAACAUUUUUCGCGUUGAUGUGGGGAGAACCAGAAAUUUAUCUCUGUUUGUUUUGCUGUAACCAGAAGAUUAAGACGAUAGGUGCUUUAAAGCGAAGUUAAUAGAGUUUAAUGUUUAAUGUCAUUUGUCAUUUCGCCCUGCAACAAUGAUGGUCUCACUGAUGAGGUGGAAUGGAGUUUGAGAUUUUAGUUUUUCCAACAUACACAGAGGCCAUAUUACAAGACAUGAAAAUUUUUGUUGAAUUUUGUUUUUGUCGGAUAAAUUGAGCACUUUUUUGAAAAAAUUAUAUCAUUCAAAGUUCAUCAGAGGUGGGGGCUGCUAACGUGGCACACUUGUUUAUUGAGACUAUCAAAUGCUUACAAGUACUCAAGUUCGGUCAUAUCCAAUUUGAGCACAAUUGUUGCAAAUUAGAAAUAACCAGAAAUCGAAAAUCUUAAAUCAGUGAGCAAUGUUACAAUCUUUCCGAAAAUUCCGGUGAAGCGCUGGUUUUUUGUUGUGAGAUUACGAUAAAUUGUAUGUUUAACCACACUUGUAAAGAAAGUCAACCGACGAUUUAGAAGUGUGCUUUUACGUGUCGAGACACGGGCACUCUAUGUAAUUUAAAUUAGAUGUGCAAUAAUUUUCAAUUAAUUUUUUUUUACGCCAGUUUGCGCAACAUUUCUUGGGAAACUUAUGUUUAACGAUUCUCUACCUAAGUUAUUGCAAUCUAAGUUUUAAAGAAAACGUAUUUUAAAAAUUCCCAGCGUUAUAAUAUUGAUACUCUGGUGUAUGUGGCAUGAUCGCAACAUAUGUCCAACCAUAUGCUCGUACCCUCUCCAAAAUACAUUGCGAGAACUUUGUCUUUUUUCGGCGAGAUCUUGGUCGUUAUCUAGAUCUUUCUUGAAUGCUGGCGCCUGUUUCAGUUAAUUAACAUGAUACUUUAGUAGCUUUAUCCUUAUCAAGAAGCCCUUUCUGUACAUUAACCAUGAAAUGUCUGGAUAAGAUUGAUUUGACGAAAAACGUUUCAUAACUUAAUUCCCUGAGUAAUUAAUAACUGCCGCUCACCCACUCAACACAGUUUUUGAUAGGCAGCCAAACUUCAUAAGUGGAUGGUAAAUGUUUCUGAUGUAGUUUUUAUUUUGAUACUUGAUAUGGACUUAAUGUCGCAUAUGGCAGUCUGCUUCAUUCUUUUUAAGCUUGGUAGGAGCACGCUAUCCUAGGUAAUCAUAGCAAACCCAACAGAGGCUGUCAUUUACGGAAUUUUAAACAAUUCCGCAAUUGUCAAUUUACUGUCUAGCGGUCACAGACCGCAUUGAUCGUCGGGCGAUCAAUUUUAUUUUCUUCGCAAGUUGGUAAGUGGAAAACUCAAAAUCGUGUGAUAGUGGCUUCAUGAAACAAAAUGAGAAAAGCACCGACAACGUUUUCGCUAAAUUUAAAAAGGAAAGCUAGGGAAAUAUUUUGUGGAAAUGUAGUAGUUUUUUUUAAACUAACCCUCUAAGUAAAGGUUCUCUUUAAUCAAGAAAUAAAACAAAUUAGCUCCCUUUGAAGCCAGCCUCCAGCACAUAUCAGAUAGGGUCAACGUUUGAACAAUCCAUAAUAAACAUACCAUACAUUCCCUAUGUUUCAAUCGGUCAUGAAUAAUUUUAGUUUAUAAGUUUAGUUUCAUAACAAGCAAACGAAUUUUAUCAGAUUUAAUCUGGCCAGCAGAUAAUCAACUGUCAUUCACUGAGAUCACUUAGUUAACUUGACAAAAAUUUUCGUUAAUUUUAUUCUUUAGGUGGAGGAGCCUCACUCCUUUACUACAUUACUUCAAGUUUUGGAAGAUGACGAUAUAAGGGAGAAAAGAGCUGUCGAGCAGGAUGGUAAAACUUCAAUACUUUAAAUUUCUCUGUCUGCUUACUUUAUCUUUAAUUUAUUACAGCAAUACACCGUUUCUUUUUACCAGUUUACCGGCGUAAUAACCCUCGCAUGAUGUUGGGAGAAAACGAGAAACCUCUGACGAGUUUGGCUGGUGAACUUUUUUCGUGUUCUCCAAUUUUUAAACCGUUGAACCGAUAGAAAGUGCAUUCUAUUGCUGGUGCAAUAAACGACAGACGUCCAAUCAGGGCGUUCGCAGAAACUGCUGCUUUGGAGCAGUUGAUUGUGUAAUGCCAAAUGGACUUUAAAGCCCGCGAUUUUCGAAAACGAUUUGAAUUCUGUUCGUUCUUUGAUUUGACCUCCGUCAAACCCCGAAUGUUAUUUAAAAUAGAAGCUAAAUUCGCCUUAGAUGUGGAAAAUUAACCAGAAAUCUUAUUGUGAUCACCGCAUCAGCUGUUGAAAAAUUUUUUAAGUUGCCUGAUCGACAGAGUAUAGUAGAGUAGUAACUCGUUUUUUUCUCUAAAAAAAGGUAUAUUUAGAUUCGCUGGUAGAGUGAAAAGAUCUCUUUCUAAGAGUGUUAAGUCGGACAUUGAAAAAGGAUCUAUUCAGAAAUCAUCGAGCCUUAGCUGGUAGAAAAAAUAUAAUGAAAACAAGUAGGUACACUGCAUGAAUACUGAUUUAUAUCGAAUCAGCCUAAAAAUAUCUUAUUUCGACUGAACCAUUGAGUUUUCGAUAUUGGUGCUGAUCAAUAUGUUCGAAGGGUGAGUGCUGUACUUCGUGGUUUCUCCCAGCAGUUUUAAUCUCUAUUCAUGUGCGAAGACAUUUUAUAAGAGCUCCACGCACGCAUUCUUAAACCGGAACCACAACACUUCGGUUGCGUUAGUCGGAUUUCUCCAAAGCCCGUGCCUGUUCCGCUGGACAAGGGUAGUGGAGGCUCCAGGCGACAGAUUACCUAAUAUUCGUGAAAAGCAUUUACACCACUUGAUAAGUCUCUUUAAGAUCGAGGAAUUUUGAGGAAAAACAGUGACACUCGAAUGGGAGGCAUUCUUUCAUUACGCUCGCACCGCUCAUCAAGGACAGGAACUAGAUCCCUGGUAGACACAAGAGAGUAAUGUCGGAUUAAGAAUAUUUUUACUAAUAGCAUCUUAUUUUUGAUUGUAGAUGUUUUGGACGAUGGCAGUGGAGUAUCACCUAGCGGCAAAGGUAAGGUCGCUUUCCUGCUGAUACAUUCAAUGUAAAUGUUAUAUUCCAGCUAGCUAAUUUGAUUGGACAUGAAAAUCAUCUUAAUUUUCCCGGACCCUCUUUAGAGUUGUUUCCAGGUAAUUCAAUCUGACGUCCAUGUGAUUAUCGAGGCCUAGGUAAUGGCUUGUCACGGUGUGCCAUUGUCUUUUUAUUGAAGUUCCAUCCAGCGUAAAUGUACGGAUGGUUUAUCUUGUUUAAUGGUUUGAUUUUGCGAAAAACGUCGUUUCUUUCACCUUCCUAUUUCUUGGGAAAGGAGGCUUUUGCGAGUCAAAUAAAAAGUAUUGUAGAAAAUGGGAAUCUUGCGGCGCAUUUUCUUGAGCUACCUGUGUAAUUGUAUUAGUACUCUACGGCUUUUUAGGGUUAAUUGGAGUUCUGGCGACCAGGAAAGAUUUCUUCCUUGUCAUCCUCUCGAUCCUGCGUAGUUACUUUUGAUCUACAAGUUAAGCGCCUAUGUCUCAUCGAAAAAAGGAAACAAUAAAGUAUGCUGACUACAUGAAAAUCUUAUGAAAGGAAUGAUAUUACUCUAUCCCUCCAGCCUCUAGACCUGUUCUUGUCCUCCUGAAGAUGAAUUUACCAGGAUAGCUACGCUGCAGUCGAAAGUGACAACGUAAACUAAAACGAGACUUUUCACUUUCUAUAAAAAGUCAUCUAGGAUUUCCUAGUCGUCGUUGUUGCUUUUUCUUUGUUUUAGUGAAAACCUGGUUUAAUGAUUAUACUUUUACCACAGCUGUUAAAUGGUGAAUUUGCAACGGUGGUACAUUAUUCUCCCUUAUUUAGAUUUACCUGUGAUAGUGGAAAGUGAAGUAAAGAAGUUUGUGUUCAAAAAAGUCAGCAAAGUGUCUGUAGAUGUCGGUUCCACCGUGUGGGCUGUAAGAGGAACUGAAAUUACCGUGUCUUGUAGAGCAAGCUCCAAUUUUGACACUCCUAAGAUUUUGUGGUAUAGAAACGGGGUUGUGAUGACAGACAGAUUUCGAGGGAGUGUGGCAGCAAUAGACGGUAUUUUAAGAAUUCGUAGAUUGACUCGGUUUAACGAAGACACCUAUACAUGUAAAGCUUCAAACACUGCAGGAGAAAGGAGAGCCUUAUUCACCGCCAAGUUAUUCGGUAUGUGAAAAGUUUCUUAUUUUGGAAUUACUUGUAGUGACUAUAAUUGCCCUGAAGACGAAAGCCUCGUGUCAUUCUUGCAUGAGGGAAGAGAUCAGAAUAACUGAAAGUAAUUGCAAAGUGUUAUGAAUAUCAGCAGCGUGUUUUACUGUGGGUCUUGAGUAUUUACGUGUUAUUGGUGAAGAUUUUUUUUACAAGAAUUCGUGUCGCAAUAUUUGUAUGUCACUAAUCUUAAGGCAAUGUGUUUUAAUAAGCUAUGGACUAUAAAUGUUAUCUUGAAACAAGUAUUUGACUUUUUAAACCUGCCGUGCGUCUUUUUUUGGACAGUUCCCCUUUAAGAACUCCUCACGAACCUCAAAUACCUUAAAAAACAUUUUAAUAAUGACAUCGUCCCUUAGGGGGAAAAAAUUAUUUUACCUUCAUUUCUUUUAGAUCCUUCUUUACCUACGAUAAUUACAGCCGAAGGUGACGUCUCAUUUGGACCUAAUGACAAAGAAGCAGAAAUCACCAUAGGGAGUGACGUCACGGUUUACCAAGGAGCGAGGCUUACUAUACGUUGUCCUGCGGAUGCAGCAGUCCCUGUUGUAGUUUACUGGACAGCACAGGGUGGUUCAGCGGAGAUUGGCAAAGCCGUAAAAGUUGGACAGGAUCUUGUCAUAACAGACAUUGACCAGAGAUAUGCUUUGGAAUACGAAUGCAAUGCCAGAUCCAGUAGAGGAAAAGCCCAGGCAACCUCGACUGUUAGCGUUAUAGGUACAUACAUAUAAUUUCAUAACACAUGUGACUUCAGUAAACGAGUACCAUACAUCAAGAAUGCGAGUAAGCAAUAUGGGAGCAAACUUAGGUCUACUCAGCCACUUAAAAUGUUGUUCAUUAUCUCUUACUUUGAGAGUUUUAACUCCUUUGUUUCUUUCUUGAAGCUUUGAAUCCUCCCAAGAUUCAAGCAGGAACAAAAGAUAUACGAGUCAUCGACGAGAAAAACAAAGAUGUCGAAAUAUACGUUGGAACGAAAUUAACCGUCAUCUCUGAGACCCAGGUGACAGUACGUUGUGUUUCAGCGAUGGAGCCGUCCCCCGCCAUAAGUUGGAAAAUUCGUGGAAAAAAGCCUGGUUUGAAGAAUGGUGUAACUAUUAGUGAAGAUAAUUCUACUCUUACUAUCAGUUAUCCUGGAGUUGAGGACUCCGGGGAUUAUAUGUGUACGGCCAGCAAUAAUGUUGGACAGGAUUCCAAGUCUUCGAAGAUUAAUAUUUUACGUAAGUGAUCAUGAAUGAAAUAUCUCAAAGGCCUCAGUUCUGAGGCCAAUUAAGUCUUCUCAAGGGAAGUUAUCGACCCAAGAACUUUUCUCGGCUUUACUCUUAACCUUCACUUAGUUUGAGCGAAUUGUUGCCUUAUUUUUUCUCAGCGAAGAUCUACAUGACUUCAUACAUGGAUAGUUUGCCCGAGCAAACAUAGCCGAGAGGAAUGAACCAUGUUACAUUUAUGCAGUUGUUAACAUUUGCAUCAUUAUGAUCAGUUAGUAGGAAUUUCUACAGUAAGAGUUAUUUGAAAAAUAAUUUUCAUUGGCUUCUACCUGUACAGCUCCCGAACCUCCAACGAUACGUUACUCUGAUAGGAAAAUAACUUCCCUUGGGCCCUCUGAGGUCAUUGAAGCCACAAUUGGCGACGAACUGAUCUUGCUUGCUGGUGCAAGUAUAAUUAUCACAUGCCCCACAUCUGGACUUCCUACUCCAACCGUACAGUGGAAGAAAGAUGACAAAGACCUGGCAGAGUUUGGAAGAACACUGAAGAUAAAUAACGUCACUAAAAUGGACACGGGAACCUUUACUUGUGAGGCGAUGAACAGAGCUGGUCGAAUCAGUCGAACCAGCGAGUUAACAGUGAUUGGUAAGUUAGUUCAAGAUGAUUUUUCAGUCACUACCGCAUCCCAGUGUUGACGGAAGCCUACACUUUGAGGAUAUUAAAAACGUGUCAUUAUUUAAUGAACCGGUGUUUAGUCUCCUCGAAUUGCAUCGAGUUUUUUCUUUGCUGUUGACGAACGGCAAAGCCGAAAACAUAUAAAAGGUCGGGAAACAGAGAUUCAUACAUUUCUUUGUUUUGGUUUUUUUGUUAACAGCUUCCGAAAAGCCGCAGAUUGAAAAAUCGACGGGGCGGGUAACUGGUAUAGCUAUCGAGGAAGCAGUCGUUAAGAUUGGCCAAUAUCUGCGAGUAGUGGAGGGUUUGAUCGUUCGUGUAGUGUGUCAAGUCCGUGGAUUCCCAACUCCUGAAGUUUCAUGGUUUCUAAACGAGCGGAUGCUGAAAACUUCAGGACGAUUUCUGAUUGACAGUCGUUCUAGCUCUUUGAUUGUGAAUGGUAUACAGGCUCAGGAUGCUGGUGAGGUGUCUUGUUUGGCUGAAAACAGCGCAGGAAAAGACACAGCAUCCACUUUUGUCAGCAUCAUAGGUAAGUACAGGUACAUACAUUGUAGGCUCCGUUGUGAGUUAGUACCUGCGCUCACAGAACCAUGAAUCAAUCUCUUCUUUGGUUUACGAACCGUUGCUUGUCCAUCUUGACGAAGUACAACCGAGUGAAUUUUAACAUUAUUUGGUUCAUCCCAGUAACUCUGUUUGCCGCUAUAGAUCAAACGGCAUUCGUGCGAGGUUAAUCAAAUGAUACGAUAAGAUAUCCAAAGACGGUAUCCAUCGGUUGUGCGAAAACAUUACGAUCUCUUAUGUAAGCUUAACUUGAUCCAAAAUGGGGAAACUAUGCUAUUCCUUGUUUAGGUAAAAGCGGUGCUGAAAUUCAGUCCGGGAAUAAUUCUGUGAAGUCCAUUGAAGGUCAAGGGGAAGUGAGCAUUCAGAUUGGUGACAGUUUACAAGUGUUAUCAGGCUCAGAUGUGUCUAUUGACUGCCUGGCCAGUGGAACUCCUUCUCCAGUGAUAAACUGGCGCUGGAAUGAACGUCAAGUGUCUUCAACAGGACGAUUUGUUAUUAAAGAGAUAGCUGGAGGGUCUCGUCUCAUUGCAAGGAAGCUGACAUUAGGGAGUGCUGGACAGUAUCAAUGCACUGCCUUCAACGUCGACGGUUCAGACAGAGUCACAUCAACUGUAACUGUAAUAGGUGUGUGCGAAUUAGAUAUUUUGACUUAGCUGAAUAUCCUAGACCAAACUUGUGCGCAGCUCUAUUCUUUUGCUAAGCGAAAAAUUCAAAAUGGUGGCGAAAAAUGAAUACUUACUUCGCUGUCUUGACGCAUGCGUUUUCUUUCUAAUGAAAACCUUGAUUUCAGGGUUCAUUUGUUCCUUUUGUUUCCAGUGGAUCGGAAAGAUAGUCAAGCACUUCGUAAAUUGCCAUACGUUUUCCCGUAACUUUAAGGAUUUUUCAAUAUUACCGGUUGAAUCCUUAAUAAAGUGAUAAAGAUAGAGAAUUGGUUCAUGCUCAACGUGCGUAUAUCGAGUCAUGGAUGCACACGGGAAGUUUGGAGAGCACGAGGGAAGCGUAAGAGUUGUUCGAGGUGCAGCAACUCUAACUUCUUGAGUACCCUCCAAACUUUCGAAGUUCUGAAAAUUUGUACGGUUUUAAAAUCAAAAUUUUUUAUUGAGCAAUAGUUUUAGGAAAUAUCAACACUUAUAAAUAAUAUGAACCGUUCGAAAAACGAAUCGAAAACCUUACGAAUUUCUUGCAUUUACGUCGGAGACCCGUGUGGUAGAUUUACCCUGCUUAAAUUGUUGUUUACUAGAUUUUACGACCGGAAAAUUGCGUAGCGUUGUGAUGAAAAUUCUGAAAAUUGUACGAUUUCAAAACAAAAUCUUCUUAUUAACAAUACUCCAAAAUAAUAUUUACCGUUCUAAUGAAGAAUCCCCAACUUUACAAAGCCUUAGUUGAAGUAAAAGAAAAACUCAGUUUUGUUUUCAGCCAGUUGAAAAUUUUCUUUCCUUACAGAGGCACUCGUGCCAAAAAUUGAAGUCUCCUCCAAUUCCGUCAAACAAAUCGUCGACUUGAGCCUGGUCUCUGUUAUAAUUGGAACACGUGUUACUAUUCUGCCCGGUGCGCCACUCGUGAUCACGUGCCGCGCGUUUGCAAUACCUAAGCCCACGAUCAGUUGGCUGAGAAAAGGCAAAAAGAUCACUUCUUCUGAAAGGUUCUCUAUCAACAGCACAACUCUUGUCAUUCACCGUACUCAGCGAGACGAUAGCGGUUCUUUCACUUGCCUUGCCCAAAACACGAUUGGAAAGGAUUCAGCUUCUUCGAUGCUUGACUUCAUUGGUUAGUAUUAAACACGCUGUCCAACAACUAUAUUUACAGAUUCCUAUUAGAGAAGGAUGGCACUUUUGACGAUAAAGAGUGUAAGGUUUUAGUUUGGCAGGUAUAUAGGUUGUGAUUGAAAAAGUAGAGUCAAUAAUACCUAAUACAUUACGUUUCUAUGACUAAAAGUACAGAACAUUGUGGCGGUAAAUUUGAGUGCAUACUCGUGUUUCCUUGGUGUUACUUUUAACUCUGAGAACAAUCCUUGCUGCCGUCUUCUGCAAGCAACAUAGUUAAUCGACUUCUGUCGAUGGCAACACAGUCAGGAUAUUCUUUCAUAAUGUCAAGAAAACGUUCUUUAAUACAUUUUGCCACAUGUACGCGAGUAAUUUCAUGUUUUCUAUAGAACCAAUAAGCCCGAGAAUCACGCAGACUGGGAAAGAUUUAAAGAUAGAACAAUUUGUGAGACUGUCAGAGGCUGUAGGAGGUAAUAUACUAUGUAGAGAUGGCAUAUAUUUGGAGUUGAUCUGCUCUGUGGAGGGAUUACCUACACCAAAGGUAACUUGGUUGCGUGGGAGUACGAAGAUUGGCACAGGUAGAAAGUUAAGCCUUGGAAUUCUACAGGAGGAAAGCUCUGGAAAUUACACCUGUUUGGCAGCAAAUAUUGCAGGAGAUACGAGAAAAACAACUCGGCUGACUGUCAGAUGUAAGUAUAAUAUUGGAUAUAAUUCUCAUAGUGACAGAAAUCUGUCUGUAAAUUUCUUUUACUACCAGCAAAUAGUAGUCAAAGAUAUUUAAAUGUAACAUUCUACGCAUGAUAUUUGCCCACAUGGCAACGUGAAUCUCAUCUUCCACUGCGACUCGUACUGUUAAAAAUCAAGUCUUGAUAUGAAAUACAGGUUGGCUCAUAUUUUAUCGUUGAGAAAUGUUCUUUAAAUUUUUAUCAGUGGUACAAUGAAAGCUUAAUAUUCCUUUUCAUUUCGUGAUUCAAGCCCCAGUUCACGCGAUUUAGGCAAUUGUUAACAAAUAUUUACCGAUCAUAUUAAAAAAACUUUCCUGAAAAAGAUUAAAAGUCUGCAUGGAGAGGCAAAAAUAUAUUUUACUUGUAAUCUUGCGCUGUUUAUAUUUCGAGGAAAAUAUAAGGAACAUCUCUGAUAGUUUUGAAGGUCCGUUGUACAAUCGAGCAACUGCGCGUAGACUGAAUAACCAGUUAAAAUUUUGACUAUGUUUCAUCUUUGUCAAUCUAUGGCCAAUUGUUCACAAGCAUCCAGCUCUUUUAACAUUUUUGUUCUGUACGGUAAAGGUGAUGGGAAAAUGCGGUAUUGCAAUGGGAUAAUUACUUUCUUUGUGCGAAAAAGACCAAUACUCAAAGCGGAAGCGUGAACAUCAUUAUUAUGAGUUAUAAGUGUCUACUAUGUACUGUAAUAUGUGACUGCGAUGCAUAUAAAGAUGUAUUGUUGAUAAUCUGCAACCGUGCCCCAGAGGGCACGGAUAGCCCGUUCCUAAUUCAAUUUUUCAUAACCUGAGCAACCAAUAGGGAACGCUAGAAUUUAGGUUUUGUUUCCUCGGAAUUAUCAUUAUUGAAAUUUUUUUGUACGUAGAGUCAGUGAUCACAUGGAUAACUAUGUUCACUCAUUUUAAUUAAAUUUCUCUCUAGCAUCAAUUCCACCUGUGAUUCAAUCAGACAAAAAAGUUUUAAAAUCGUUUGAGGAGGGCAUGUAUCUUACGGUAAACAUUGGAACGAGGUUACAAGUUAUACAAGGGACUAGAAUUGAUCUUAUCUGUCGUGUUACGGGAUUCCCAACUCCUCGAGUAAAUUGGGUUAAAGGAAAUGUUCGCCUUGAGCAAAGGUUUGAAGGUCAGGGAUUAUUCAUCGUUCCUUACGACGGUACUGUCAGCACACUUCGCAUCAGGGGAUCACAACCGGCCCAAGAAGAUGAGGUCUAUGGCUGCACUGCAUAUAACGCGGGAGGAUCUGUCACGGCCUUCUCUUACGUCACAUUUUAUGGUAUGAGACUAUAUCGAGUCCAUUUUACAUGGUAAUAUAACUACCGCAUGGCUAUAAACAAAACAGAACCCGAGAUCACGAAAAGAGAUUUAAAACUUCAAAUACCCAUAAAAGUUUGAUUCCUGAGGAUGUUGUACAUCAGUCACCGUCACCCAAAUCAUUCUUACACCUGAAUGCUCACAUAAUACGAAUGACUCAUACUUACAGAAUUAAACCGUUUACUUCAAAACAAAGAAAUGUGUUUUGGAUUCUUUCUAGAAAUGCCCUGAAUAGUGUUUACAGUGAUUGCGUUAUACUUGUUUCUAUUUUAGAGCGUGUUCCACCUUCUAUAAAAUCCACCUGGGUUACUGGGUCAGUUGGUAUCAAAGUGUCGCUAGAAUCCAGGGACCCAAUCAAGUUGGUGAUCGGAGACAGUUUGCGGGCGUUCACCAAAACUAAGGUAUAAUAUGCUAUGGGAAACAAACUCCAUUUUUUUAGAACACUAGAUGACAUACUUGUAAUUUUUAUUGGACGUCUUUAAUUUUAUCAUAGGGAACUAGUCUGUUUUGUUCACAGAUUUAAAGAUAAAGUUGAACUUAACUGAGAUCUUAAAACGUGGGAAACUGAGAUAUUUCAACCAGGGAUUCUAAUUGUCUUGUCAAAAAAAUUCGUUUUCGAGUCCUUUUCUGUUACUUUUGUUUAGUGCGGAAUAACCUUAGAUGAAUUAACAGACAGCUGCACAACACUAUGUCAUUGGAUCAAAUUAAUCCUAACUCCUCGAAACUUUCUCGGAAAUAAGCUUCAUGAUGGAAAACUUUAUUGUGAUCAGCAGUCCAUUGUAGCAGAACGUUUCCAGAUUGUUUACACACUUUGCCAUGGUUAUAACAUUACGAUGAUUCUGUAGGUGACAAUUGAGUGUCCAGUGUUUGCCAUACCAUUAGCGGAUGUGAAGUGGACCAAAGACGGAGCAUCUUUACCCAGUAAACACAAAGUGAAUGGUACUAAUUUGGUGCUCAGUGAGGACAGUGGUACAUCCGAUUCGGGACGUUAUUUAUGUGCUGCUACUAACCCCCUGGGAAGAGACGCCUCUUAUUCUGUUAUAGCUCUUAUUGGUGAGUUAACCCUUUAUACUCUAACAUCAGUAUUCAUAUUAUCCACACUAUUUUCUCUGCAUUUCCUAAGGUGCUGACAAGGAGAAUUCGUUUUAUAAUCAAGAGCUUCUUUAGUUGGUGAUCAUUUCCUAGACUCUUGUGACCUUAAUGUGUGAUUCAGGGGGGUGAUGUUGAAAGGAGAAAUUAAAUGCUGGUCACUCUGGAGGUGAAAGGGUUAAUCAUCGCUUUCAUAAACAUAACGGUGGGCUUAUUUUACUGAUUCUACCAUUGAGAAUAAAUAUUCCGAUAGCCGUUAUACAUCCAUAUUUUAGACAGACUGUUGGGCCUUUUGAUUAACCAGUCACUCAUUUUCAUACCUGAUUUAUUUUUCUUACCUCCAGAGCCUACUGCACCAAGUAUCAUAACAAGUGAAUUAUCUUUAGAACUGAGUAAUGCAGUGAACUAUAGAGCAACAAUUGGUACCAAUAUAACCACUGUCCUUGGCAACAACAUCACAUUUGUUUGCGUUGCGGAAGGCCUUCCUAGCCCCACUGUCACUUGGUGGAAAGGAGACCUCGAUUUAAAUAGUACUCAGACUUCACUCGUUGUAACUGCUGGUGAUACAAAUGCAACUGGGGCGUAUUCCUGUAAGGCGACUAAUCUGGCAGGCUCCAUAACAACCAGCUCGGUUGUUGCUGUCCUUGGUUAGUAGCAAUUUAUAAUUUGUGGAGAUGAGAGAUGUGUAAGGAAUACCUCGUUAAAUGUAAAGUAGUUUUAAAGAACUAUUUCAUCUAAGAGAAGGCUUAAAUGUUUUAUUAAUCCAGUGACAUUUUCUCUCUAAAUUAAUGUACCAAACUGUGGCAAAAAGACGGUUUGAGCCAUAACGUUAACGUUAAAUUGUUGCAAUGGCCUAACAACCUACCUUCAAAACAUUAAUGAUAACUUUUAGAUCGCAUUGCACCAGAAAGAGCAACAGUGCCCCGCAUCAUAACCACGCGAGAAAACCAGGAGGAAUUUGGAGAUCAGAGAACAGUUGAACACCUUGUUGGAGGUAAUGUCACCAUUUUAGAGGGAAGGAACCUUUUGCUAAGAUGCCCGGUCGAGGGAUUACCACAGCCAUCCACCUCUUGGCUCUUUAAUGGUAUUCCUGUUGUAGUCAGUGAUACUCUUCAGUUUGAUCAGGACACAGGAGAUUUGAAAAUUAUUGAGAUGAGUCAAGAAGACGUGGGAGAGUACUCUUGUGUGGCUACCAAUAUCGCAGGAGAAGCUGUAGAAACGUCCUACGCAACUGUUAUUGGUGAGUUAAUAUAUGGUCAUCUGGCAGUACGCUUAGAGCUUGAUCAGCAUACAAUCUCUCGUGACUCUUAAUUUGCGGACGCUUGGAUCUAGAUCUUAUUGAUAUGUCAAAUUGAUGAAGUUACUCACAUUUUUUGGCUCAGUGUGCGAUUGAGAAGCUUUAAUCUUUGUCAGAAACGGAAUGUGUUGUCGUGGGCUAAAUUUCUUUAUAUUGCGUAAAUAAUGUCGGGUUAAAGAAGGUGGAAUGCGGCCUUUAGAGUUAGCAUUUAACAUUGGGCAGUGUACAUGACAUACUUUCGGUCCUGCUAUGCACACAGAAAGAGACUUUGUUUUCUUUUUCUUUCAUUCAGAGCCAACUUUCCCGAAAAUUGACUCGUCGAACAUUUCCAUAGAGGUGUUUGAUCCUACUCGACAGCCAAUAACUGUAAAGAUUGGAAGUAAAGUAACAACAUUGACUGGAACACCCGUCAUUAUUACUUGUGACGUCUCUGGAUUUCCUGACCCCAAGGUUGCUUGGGUUAAAGGGUACAACCCCGUCACGAGCUCAAACACGGAACGCUUGUUUUUAAGUGAAAACAGAAUAAGCUUGUUAUCAUCUGGUGUGUCUGACUCAGGUCUGUACAUGUGCACAGCCUCAAGCCCCGGCGGACAAGCAGCUGCAGUCUCCAAUAUUACGUUCGUUGGUAAGCAGGGUUAAAGAAAAAUUACAGUCCCUUUUUUAGCGGAAAAGAGAGCGAGUGCAAAAUGAAGGAAAUGUGUAAAAUGCGGUACACAUCAAGUUCUAUCAGUGUGUAAGGCACGGAACACCACCGUCAAUGAAGUAAUUCCGAUGCUCUGAAACUGUUGGUAUAAUUUCGCUAUAUUUUUUGAUCAGUUUAUCAAGUACAGCCCUGUUUGACAUAUUUUUAUAAAACAGUAACGAAAAAACGCAAUCAUUUCUAGAAAAAAGACUAAAUUGACUUUUCACUGACUUAAAGCCGUCCAGUAAUUUUAGGUUGUUUUGACUUCACUUCUACUAACUUUUCACUAUUUUCACCAGAAUCCGUGAAGCCAAGAAUUCUUUUCGCGACAAGAGAACGGGAACUACUUGAUCGUGUCUCACUGAAAGUAUUAAUUGGAGAAAAGUUAACGGUUCUUGAUAAAAGUAAUAUAACAAUAGAGUGUGCUGCCACUGGGGCACCCACGCCAACGCUGUCCUGGAGCAAAGAUAACAUAAAACUGGAAAAUUCGCAAUCAAGUCUCCUGCUACUGAGAAAUGUUGAACUGAAGGAUGCAGGCCGUUACACUUGCACAGCGGAGAACUUCUUAGGCUUUGUAAGCUAUUCAACAGUGCUGUCUGUGAGAGGUAAGGGCUUGUUUCCAGACAAGCAACAAUUGAUAGAUAGUUAAGGAAGCUUAUUUACAAUCCAAUAUGUUUCGAAGUUAACUUUCUUCGUCCUAUUUCAAUCAACAUAAGUUGAGUUUUCCUUUUAGUUAUAUGAUCUCAGUAGUUUUCGGUCAAAAGGUGACUGAAGACACUUGUUCGAUACAAAUCGCCCAAAUGCUGUGCUCGCAGAGCUCUCAGAGAGCAUAGGAACAAAUUGUCUUUGUUUACAGAGUGAAAAGGCGUUUCCCAUGCAGAUUUUAAUGAAACAGUGCCUUUUUUGUUGUUAUUUCACGUUUUACUAACAUCAGUUAUAGCUGUUGUACGCAGUGGAUCACUAACGGAAUAAUGUAUUCCUGCAGAUUUUGAAUGGCGCCCUUCUUUAAGACCGACCAACAUCUUUCUGAAUAAUUUUUUUGCAGAGAUAUUUCACGCUUUAUUCGACAUUUACGGCCUAGAAAUUUAACAGUUAACAGCUCCCACAUAUGCAAAGACUUGCCCACGCAAUUUGAUGAAAUCCAAAGUUAUGCAAGCUCUCGAUAAUCAUUUUGCGUGUUUUUGAUCAGGUGGUGAAAAGCCGUCAAUCAGGUCGAAGAGUCAUGUGGUGCUCGUCGAUGACAGGAUCACAGCCAUAACACUUGACGUUGGUAGUAAUCUUACUUUGGUUGCUGGCUCGACUGUCACUGUGUUAUGUGAAGUCCAAGGAGAACCUACGCCUGCCAUCAAAUGGUACCAGAAUGGAAAUCAUAUUUCUAGCAAUGUGAACAAGACUUCGUUGAGUGUAGGCGACCCUGUUCGAGUCAAUCUGCAAACCGUGACAUGUACCGGUGACAACAUUUUAGGGACAGCGUCAAAGUCGAGUUACUUUACAGUACUUGGUGAGUAAUCACUUUCCUAAUGUGCAGCAUCUCUUGAAAUGAACUGAGUGCAAAUACUCGGAACAAAUAAGGUAAAUUUCUUGGAAACAAUGCCUUGUAGAACUUAAGCAGCAAAUCACACUUUCUUUCGGUUUUCCGAGUAAUAACCCACCCGGGAUGGAAGGAGAAUGAGUGGAAAGUUGGUCAAUCACGAGCCAAACAAAGUCGAGUAAUUUCAGUACAGACUUUUCGACUGUUCUAUUAAGAUCUCAAGUGAGUUAUAAGGUUGGUAAACCGAUAGAUAAUUCGGUCUGCUGCUUUUUUAUAACAGCGGAACUUUUAUCGAUACAAUGGACGAUAGUUGUUUUUACCGAUCAGAAUGCGAGUAGUAUCUCAAUUAAUUUUUAAAUCGAAAGAAGUUUUAGCUUUUUCCCCAGGCUAUGAGUAUUUCUUUUAAAACUACUUAAUGAUUGCAUGCUCAGCCAAAUCUGUUAUUAAAGUAACUUAUUUACGUUUCUGAUAGACUCAAAGACUUAAUAAAAUGUUACUUCUUUGAGUUUCGUAACUCAGUUAGUAAACCACGCAACUACUGUCUGGGAGGCACAGGUUUAAAUCCCAUCCAAGCAUGAAUUUUUCAAGCUUCGUUAUUUCCUUUUCUGAUUGACUCAGAGACUGUUGACAAAAUGUUUCUUCUCUGAGCUUCGUAGCUCAGUUGGUAAAAGCGCCCAAUUAGUAUCUGGGAGGUACAGGUUUUAAUCCUUUUAAAACAUGAAUUUUUUUAGGCUUCGUUUCUGCAGUUGCUUUAAAUGGCGUGGGAUUACCGCUCCUUUACUUGGAUAUAAUCCGCGGAUCGAUAUAUCAUUCAUUUUAUUUAAUUGUGCUUAAUUCUCAGUCAUUAACACAAGACAUCAAGUCAAGUAUUUAGAGACUCAGAGUUCUUCUCUUGUAAGAUUUAAAAACGUUAUAUGCUACAAAAAAGGAUCAACCAAAUCACAGAUAACACUGGGAAUAUUAUUCGUCGUGCAAUUGCUCAGUGUAGAGGUCAUCAAGUCAAGUCAAGUCAGUGUAGCGGUCCGUCAAGUGCACAUUCAAUGUUCAACUAUUAAUAUAUGGACUCGUUCUAUUGCACAGAGCCUUCCAAGCCGCAAAUUAUGGUAAACGAGGAGAAGAAAGUUAUCGAAGCACAGAACCGAAGUUCCCAAGUACUAAUCAUCGGCGAUGACCUUAUAGCCCUUACCAAGACAAACAUUACUAUUUCUUGUCCAACUAGCGGCGUACCGAGACCAAGUAUCACCUGGACAAAAGAUGGAAGAAUACUGCGUAAUGAUGGCAGGUAUCAGGUUCAAAGGGAUGGGUCACUGGUGUUUCAUGAGGCUGAUGAAAGGGAUGGUGCUAGAUACACAUGUAACGCUGUUGGCGUUGAUGGGCAAGAUAGUGCAUCCAGCAUACUGCAAGUUGUUGGUAAGUAAGAACACACUAACUAUUUGUAAGCACCUGAUAAAGACUAUGAGGGUUCUCUUUGAUAGCGCCAUAAGAUAUAAUUUAAAAAAGUUUUGGUUGUUCAUUUUCGUAAAGCACAAAAUGAUUGUAAUUACGUUUGUCACACGAUGUGAAUUCUUCUGAUGUGGGUCUCGACGUUUUCAUUACAUAGUUUUAUUUAUAGAGUUGUCAACUUACGAAGAAUGAUCCUCUGAAAUUUUACCCACGAGUUGAAAAAGAUAAACCGGUUUAAAUGGACAUUCAGAAAUCUCCUUUGCAAAAAAGUCAUGAUAGUGGGAAAAUAGAGGACUAAAUCGUACUUCAUACAUGUUUAAAAACGCGCAUGGAUUAGAAAAACUACCAGUGUAUCUUACACGUCUGGUAGUGAAUAGCGGUGGAAACUUACACAAGCCUCGAUUCGCAUUGAUCGACAUAACACACAAAUCAUGAUCAGCCUUUUCGUUUUACAGAGCCGGCAAAACCUCUCAUUCAGGUUCCCAAACGUGGACAAGAGCUCCCUAUUGAUGAUGUCAGUUUAAUAACUAUGAAAGUUGGUGAUAACGUAACAGCAGCUUUAAACACUACCAUCACAAUCAGGUGUCCAGUUAGUGGAGUACCAACACCAACCGUUAGCUGGCAGAGAGAUGGCGUAAAUAUUAUCGGAGAUGAUUUGAUUUCAAUCGUGGAUGACAACAGUCUGAUAAUGAAACAACCGAUGGUACAAGACAGUGGUAAUUACACCUGCACUGCUGAAAGCGAGUUUGGGAAAGAUGAAGUAUUUUCCAGCGUACGAAUAAUAGGUUAGUGUUAUUCAGUCAAUGUAGAUCCAGUACGUAAUGGAUUGAAAUAUUGUUAAAUAAAAUAUGUAUGGAGAUUUUAUUUCAUCCAUGGUAUCAAUCGUCUCUUGUUAUCUUUUCAUCAGAGCUUGUCAGACCAAAGAUCGACAUUGCACAUAAGCCACAAAUGAUAGAAGCUCAAGACCGAGGUCCACUCAUUCUGAAUAUUGGGGAUAACGCGACAGCACUCACAAAAACAGCGAUCGUCGUUCUUUGUCACGCCAGUGGUGUGCCAACACCAACUGUGACAUGGACGAAAGAUGGACAGAAAUUAUCUCAUGACGAGGGAAGCUCGAAAAUAGUUAACAAUGAUGGUUCCCUACGGAUUGUGUACUCAACAGAGUUUGACAGCGGAGAAUACAGGUGUACCGCAACAAACAUAGUGGGUGAAGAGGCUAUGAAGAGCACAGUUCGGAUAGUGGGUGAGCUUUUCUUUAACAAACGUAGCAUCCUUUGUACAGUUAUGGCCUAAUGGUAGCCUUUGUAGAACGUCGUUUUUUGACUCCUGAUUGCAGUGGACAUUGCAUAAUGGGAGUUUAAUUUUUUCAGAUUUACGAAUGUUCAAAACUUUAUUGUUAUUCUCACAGAACCAAGAAGACCAGUGAUUGAUGUACCCAAAACUGGUGAGGACAUUCCAGUAGGUGAUGGCAGCCCUGUGAUGAUGAAUGUUGGUGAUAACGUAACAGCACCUUCAAACACAACCGUCACCAUCAGAUGUCCAGUUAGUGGAGUACCAACACCACGUGUUACCUGGAAGAAAAACGGAGUCGAAAUUGAAGAAAGGAGGAAGACAAACAUCGCUGCAGAUAACUCCCUUGUGUUUCAAUCAGCUGAAGUACAAGACAGUGCAAAGUACACAUGUACUGCACAGAACAACUUUGGGAAGGAUGUUGUUUCCUCUUUUGUCGGAAUAGUCGGUAAGCCCUCAUUCUUCCUCUAUGCGGUUCGUAACAGAUUCUCAAACAAAGCGUGAAGUCUAAAGACAAGAAACAAAAAUUCAAAGAACCUAUGAUUCAAUCCUUUUCUCUCUAGGCAUGGUUAAAAACGACUUCAAACAUUUAUCAUACUUAUGUUCCAGAGUUAACGAAAGUAAAUGUGUUCACUUCCAUUUGCUAGGACACUCCAAGCCUGUGAUAAGCGUUUCUGUUACUCAAAAGGCCAUAGAGGCUCAAGACCGAAGUCCCAUUACCUUGACCAUCGGUGAUAACGCGACAGCUCUUACUGAUUCAAGUGUCACUUUACUGUGUCAUGUCAGUGGUGUACCAAAGCCAAUUGUCACGUGGACUAAAUUUGGUCAGACAAUAGCUACAGGGGGAAGGUACACAGUUCAAGAUAACGGCGAGUUACUGAUUGAUGGAGCAAGGGAGGAAGAUGAGGCUCAGUACAAGUGUACUGCCGUGAACGUUGCUGGCCAGGAUAGUGAAUCCAGCUAUAUACGUGUUGUUGGUAAACGAACUUCUUACUUCCAUUUGGAAAACCAUUGAUCUUCAAAGUUGCCUUUAUCGAUACCACAAACCCAUAUCAAAAGUUAAAUAACUUUGUUUUCUUACCUUCGAGCAUACCCGCACUAUUUCACUUUCUCAAGUUUGUUUCUUUUAUCAACAGAACCGAUUAAACCAAUUAUCGAGGUCCCUGAAACCAGGAACGAAUUCCUCUUUUAUAGUGCUAUCAACUUGUCAUUAUCGAUGAAUAUGCAUAUAUGUUCUCUGGUUGAAUAAGACCUUUAACACCUGUCGUAUCACGCGGCAUCAGUGAACAUUGGAAAAAAUUGAGUCCCCUUAAAAUUCUUUUAUUUGCACAGAACCAAAGAAGCCAAAGAUUGAGGUCCCCCAAAUUGGACGGGAGAUUCCUGUUGGUGAUGGCAGUCCGGUGUUCAUGAACGUUGGUGAUAACGUGACGAUAGCUUCAAACACAACCAUUACCAUCCGGUGUCCUGUUAGCGGAAUACCAAAAGCAACUGUUACCUGGCAGAGAGAUGGGUCACACGUUGCUGAGGGGGACAGAUAUUCUAUUAAAGAUGACAAAUCUUUGGUUAUCGAAGGAGAGUGGGUUGAAGAAAGGGCCAAAUACACUUGUAUUGCUCAAAGCAAAUUUGGAAUGGAUGAAACCUCCUCUUAUGUCAUGAUUAUAGGUAACUUAAGUUUCCUUCUUCAUUUGACCUGGUACCUGAUGGGCUUUAUUGCGAAUGAAAAUAAUUUAACUCUUUUUCUUCUCUCAUCCAUAACUGCGCCUCUAGCAAGUCAAAAUGGGUUGGUUUGUCUACUGAGACUCGCAGGAAAAAAUGUGUGAAUGAAACUUUCAUGAAAGAAAAUCAUCAUUGUUGGUGAAAGUAAAAUCUGAUUUAACAAUGCUCUUAUCCUUUGACAGAGCUAUCAAAACCUGUCAUCGCUAUCCCUGGUGAGCCAAGGGCAAUAGAAGUGAAAGACCAAAGACCCGUAAUCAUCAACAUUGGUUAUAACCUGACGGCACUUACCAAUACAAGCAUUACCAUUCAUUGUCACGCUAGUGGUGUACCAAAGCCAAAUAUCACGUGGGAAAAAGAUGGGCAGAAACUUUCCGGCAGUGGUAGGUACACUGUUCAAGACGAUGGCUCGUUGCUCAUCAAUAAAUCUGACAAACAAGAGGCCGCCCGAUACAUUUGUACUGCAAAUAAUGUUGCCGGUGAAGACAGCACAGUCAGCACGGUUCAGAUUAUUGGUAAGAAAAUUAGACAAAGCUUCUAUAGAUGUAUUGUAGCAUUAUUAAGCGAUCACAAGCUAUAAUUUAAUUCUUUUUUUCCAGAAAAUCGUUUUCUGUCACUUAUAUUAAUUCCUUUAUUUAAUUGUAUUUCGAGUAAUAAAAUGUGUUGUCGUGUUACUAAUGCAAACAGAGCCUGAGAAACCAAUGAUCGCGGUCUCUGGGACUGGUCGGGUGAUUCCCGUUGGUGAUGGCAGUCCAGUGAUAAUGGACGUCGGUGAUAACGUAACAGCAGUUUCAAACACAACCAUCACCAUCAGGUGUCCGAUUAGUGGAGUACCAACGCCAACUGUAACUUGGCGUAAGGACAACGUGCCGAUUGUCGAAGAGGCGUUUUCCAUCACGAGCGAUUACCGUUUGGUCCUGAAUGGUUUAGAAGCAGGGCACAUUGCCAAGUAUACAUGUAUCGCACAAAGCGAAUUUGGCACGGAUGAAACUUCUUCAGUUGUUCAGAUACUAGGUAAAUGAUUACAUAGAAAAAGUAAUACGUAGGUAAUUUUUUUAACGAGUGGCACACUCUCGGAAAACAAGCGAACAGUUUUCUGUAGUCUCGAAACACGUUUUCUCGUCCUGGAACAAUCAAGAGUGCUUUGUACUGAUCCUUUGCUGUUCAAAGUUUUAGUAAACGAAAAAGCUGUCUCUGUUGCUGAUUGAUCUUGCUGCUCACUUCACAUGUAAGAGAUAAGGCACUUAAGCGUUAUCUACAGAACUUUUCGCUGAUUUAGAUGUUUCAAGUAUUGGAUCAUAACUAUAAUAGUCAUUUUUUAUGAAGUGAUUUUCUCGUCCUGUCUAUUUUCUGUUACCAUAUUUGGAAGAAAGUUGCCUUGCAGUUUUUUGCGCCAAUAAAAGUAAAAUGAAAUUGUAAGUAUGACAAGUGUAGUUAUUUGGCAACUUGCGUAAGUCCAGGUUAAUUCCAUUUCAGUGCUACCAGAAAGCCGGUACGUGAGAAAAAGUGACGCAAUCAGUUUAUAGGUGUAAUAUCUAGUUAAUUAAGUAUUAAGCUCAAAAAUCCAUGUAGUACGUUUGCUGAUCAAAGCACUAAAUUGAAUGAAUUCACACUCUUCCACAUCUUUCGUGCAGUUUGGAAAAACAAUACACAUUUUAUUUCGUAGAACGUUCACAGCCUGUCAUUAGGAUUCCAAGUAAACCAAAGAUGGUUGAAGUGAAGGACACAAGUCCUAUCCUUUUGGAGAUUGGUAAUAAUGUGACAGCACUUACCAACACAAGUAUUAUCAUUAAGUGUCAUGUAAACGGUGUACCAACACCGACAGUCACUUGGACAAAAGAUGGCUUAAGGAUCACAAAUAACGAAAUCUACAUGCUUCUGGCUGAUGACUCGUUACGAAUUCGUGAGCUUUACGAAAUAGGCACUGCCCGAUACACCUGCUCUGCAAAAAGUGUAAUUGGUAAAGUCAGUGCAUCCAGCACGGUUCUCAUUGUUGGUAAGUGACUUAAGUAAUGAUGAUAAGUUAAACCAAUUAACUUUACAAUAAGAACAGCCACCAUAUUUCAAAUAAAAUAUGAACCAUCCACAGAACCAUCAAAACCGAAAAUUGAAGUCCUUGAAGUCGGCAAAAACAUCCCUAUUGGUGAUGGCAGUCCAGUAACCAUGAAUGUCGGUGAUAACUUGACAGCAGCUUCAAACAUUACCAUCACCAUCAGGUGUCCUGUUAGUGGAGUACCAACACCAGCUGUUAUCUGGCUGAAAGAGGGAGCUCCUAUUAUUGAAGGAAGGGAUGUUUCCACCACAGAUGACAAAUCUCUAGUAAUAACAAGAGCAGACUCGGACGACAAUGGAAGAUACUCUUGUAAAGCUGUAAAUGUUGCUGGAAUGGAUAAUUCUUCCUCUGAUAUCACCAUAAUAGGUGUGUGUUGUAGUUGUGGGCUUGAAGGGGUGAAGUCUUGCUAUCACAUUGGAUUUUCUCAGACCGGUCGUAAGAAUUCGCAAGCAAAUUUAAUAUGUGAACGAAGCUUUCCUUUUGUCAGAGCUCGGUAUUAGGCCAGCACCUUUUUCCUUUAAGAGUUUAUAAAGCUUGUAUCUUUCUAUUGGAGUUCUAAGUUCUGUGGAGCAGGUACUUUUUCUCAAAGCAAGCCUUUUCUCUCUCCUUAUCCGAAAAUUAUCUAUCUUUUUUGUGCAGGCCCCUCUAAACCAAAAGUAAGGAUACCUGCAAAACCAGUAACGGUGGAACUUCAGGACCAAAAGCCAUUUGUUAUCAGAAUUGGUGAUAAUGUGACAGCACUUACCAAUACUAGCAUUACGAUUCAGUGUCAUGCCAGUGGCGUACCAACACCAACCGUUACGUGGACAAAAGAUGGGCAGAAAAUCUCCAGUGGAGACAUAUAUACGAUUGGAACCGAUAACUCAAUGCUGAUCAAGGAUACAAAAGACGUAGGCAGGGCCCGAUACACGUGCACAGCAGUUAGUGUAAUCGGCGAAGACAGCGCAUCAAGUACAGUGCAGGUUGUAGGUGUGUAUGGAAAUAAUGCAUGUAUAACAAAUGCCAACGAACGAUCAGGCGGGAACUUACACCAUGUGCCUGGUGCUUCCCCUCGUCGAAUUGAAGACUAAAGAGAAUGUAUAGCUCUUACUGUCGGUUUUUUUCCCGUCAAAUUAGGACAGGAAUAGCAACCACUAAAGUGUUUUCCUUUUUCUGUUGCCUCCUUUGCUUAAUGAAAAACAUUACCUUGAUUUUUAGGGCUUUCCAAACCAAAAGUCGACGUUCCUGCAAAAACUCAAACCAUAGAAGCCCACGACAGAAAUCCCAUUACUCUUGGCGUUGGUAAUAACGUAACAGCGCUUACCAACACAAGAAUUACCAUCGAGUGUCGCGCUAGUGGUGUUCCAAAACCAACCGUCGUUUGGUCAAAUGAUAAUCAGAAAAUGAACAGUGACGAUGGAAACAAAAUACAACAGAAAGAUGGUUCAUUAUUGAUCAGAGUUUUUAAAAAAGGGGAAACUGUCCGGUACACGUGCACUGCAACAAAUGUUGCCGGCCAAGACAGUGCAUCAAGCACAGUGGAAGUUGUUGGUAAAUUGCACAAAUGUGUUACAUUUACUAGUUUUAAUUACAUUGCAUUAAUAGUCGGUCUCUUGUGCUGCGAACGCGUUCCAUUUGUAAUACUAAACUUAUUGGAAAAUCUUUUACCACACAGAACCUGUCAAACCUGUGAUUAUAGUUCCCGAAACUGGAAAAGUGAUUCCUGUCGGUGAUGGCAGCCCAGUGACAAUAAAAGUUGGUGAUAACGUGACAGCAGCUUCAUAUACAAACAUCACCAUCAGGUGUCCAAUUAGUGGAGUGCCAACACCAAAAGUCAAUUGGCUCAAGGAUGAUGUACCAAUUGUCGAAGGAGAGGCUUUCUCCAUCACAAGCGAUUACCAUUUGGUCCUGAAGGGUUUAGAAGCUGAGCACAUUGCAAAAUAUACAUGUAUGGCAAAAAGUGAAUUUGGCACAGAUGAAAUUUCUUCGAUUGUUCAGAUAAUAGGUAAAUUAUUUCAUAGAAAAACUGCCAGCUACUUACUUUUCUUAACGAGAAGCAGACUCUCGCAAAACGAAGGAACGAGAUUUCUGAAGUCAAACAUGUUUCUCAUCUCAGAUCAAUUAGGAAUGUUAUAAACUAUUUCUUUUCGAAAUGUUUUGAAUAUUGGAUCAUAACUAGACUCGUGAUAUCUGUUAUGAACGAUGUUCUCGUCCUCUCUCGAUUCGAACAUCAUAUUUGGAAGAAAUUUGCUAUGCCGAUUAUUACGCAAUAUUAAGUCAAAUUAAAUUGUAAAUAUGACCAGUGUAGUUAUUUUGACGACUAGUGUAAGUCACUUCAGUGUUCUUAAAGACCUUGAACGCGAGGGAGAAAGUGACAUCUGUUUACUGAUCUAAUAUUUCAGAUUGUAUAUUUAGCUAAUUAAGUAUUCAGCUUAAACUGCUACACGUUUUAUUUCGUAGAACGUUUACAUCCCGUCAUUAGGAUUCCGAGUGAACCAAAGAUGAUUGAAGUGAGGGACAGAAGUCCUAUCUUUCUGGAGAUUGGUAAUAACGUGACAGCACUCACCAACACAACUAUUACAAUUAAGUGUCGUGCAGAAGGUGUACCAACACCAACGGUCACUUGGACAAAAGAUGAUCUGAGGAUCACAAGUAGUGAAAUCUACACGAUUCAGGCUAACGACUCGUUACGAAUUCGCGAGCUUUACGAAAUAGGCACUGCCCGGUACACAUGCACUGCAAAAAGUGUAACUGGUGAAGUCAGCGCAUCAAGCACGGUACUACUCGUUGGUGAGUGACCAAGAGCUUUGUAAAACUCACAUCACGCACACUAAUGAAUAAAAUCACUAUUUAUGUUUCUUUUCGUUUUUAAGUAAAACCAGUAGUUUCGUUGAUACUACUUUUCAUUAACUUUAAGACAGAACAUUCCUUUUUUGCUUUUAAAUAAAAUGUGAACCUUCCACAGAACCAUCAAAACCGAUAAUUGAAGUCCUCGAAGCCGGGCAAAACAUCCCCAUUGGUGAUGGCAGUCCAGUAACCAUGAACGUUGGUGAUAACUUGACAGCAGCUUCAAACACUACCAUCACUAUCAGGUGUCCUGUUAGUGGAGUACCAACACCGGCUGUUACGUGGCUGAAAGAGGGAGCACCUAUUAUUGAAGGAAGGGAUGUUUUCACUACAGAUGACAAAUCUCUAGUAAUAACAAGAGCGGAGGCGGAAGACAUUGGACGAUACACUUGUAGAAUUGUAAAUGUUGCUGGAAUGGACAAUUCCUCCUCUGAAAUCACCAUAAUAGGUGUGUGUUGUAGUUGUGGGCUUGAAAGGACGAAUUAUUGCAAUCCCGUUCGAUUUUCUCAGACUAGUCGUAAGCACGCGCAAUUAAUUUCUACUUGUCAUAUUAAAUGGGAAGGAAGCUAUUUUCUUUUUGAAUAUUUGAUUUUCAGAGCUUAAUAAUUUAACUGGUACACUUUUUGAGUGAAGUUUAUAAGGCUCGUGACUUGGUAUCGGAGUUCUAAGUUCUGUGGAGCAGAUAUAAAAAUUCUUUCUCGAAGCGAGUUCUUUUCGCCUUUCCAAACCUUAUCUAUCUUCUUACACAGGGCCCUCCAAACCAAAAGUAAAGAUUCCUGCAAAACCAACAACGGUAGAACUUCAGAACCAAAAGCCAGUUACGAUCAGAAUUGGUAACAAUGUGACAGCACUUACCAAUACUAGCAUAACAAUUCAGUGUCAUGCCAGUGGCGUACCAACACCAACCACUACCUGGACAAAAGAUGGGCAGAAAAUCUCCAAUGGAGACAUAUAUACGAUUGGAACCGAUAAUUCACUGCUGAUCAAGAAUACGAAAGGAAAAGGCAGGACCCGAUACACGUGCACCGCAGUUAGUGUAAUCGGUAAAGACAGCGCAUCAAGCACAGUGCAGAUUGUUGGUGAGAUAUGGAAAUAGUGCAUAUUGGAAAAUGCCGAACUCUUUAUCAGAUUGGAACUUGCACCAUUUAGGAGGAUUCUUUUACAAAAAUAUUUUGAGUGCAUUAGUGAUCAGGACCCAUUGUGUGUUUUCUCCUUGUUGGGUUGAAAAAAUGGAGAAUGGGUAACUCUUGCUCUCUUUUUUCCCCAAAACCAUUAAUAUGUUGCUCUUUUCUUAUUGCCUCCUUCACUCAAUGAAAAACCUUACCUUAAUAUUUAGGUCUUUCCAAGCCAAAAGUCGACGUUCCCGCAAAACCACAAACCAUAGAUGCCCUCGACAGAAAUCCCAUCACUCUCGGCGUUGGCAAUAACGUGACAGCGUUUACCAACACAAGAAUUACCAUUAAGUGUCGCGCUAGUGGUGUUCCAACACCAACCGUCACUUGGUCAACAGAAAAUCAGAAAAUCCUAAGUGAAGAAGGAGGAUACAUAGUACAGGAGGAUGGUUCAUUGUUGGUCAAAGUAGCUGAAAAGGUGGAUACUGUUCGUUACACGUGCACCGCAGUCAAUGUUGCUGGCCAAGACAGUGCAUCAAGCUCGGUGGUGGUUGUUGGUAGGGUUGCAGAAAUGUGUCACAUUAACUAGUUUUAAUUUCAUUGCUUAACUACCUGGUCUUCUGUGUCGCAAACGCUUUUCAUUUGUUUUUGUGAACUUUGAGUGUACUGCGAACCUGUUGGAUCAUCUUUUUACCUCACAGAACCGGUCAAGCCUAUGAUUACAGUUCCCGAAACCGGACAAGUGAUUCCUGUCGGUGAUGGCAGUCCAGUGACGAUAAAAGUUGGUGAUAACGUGACAUCAGCUUCAAACACAACCAUCACCAUCAAGUGUCCAGUUAGUGGAGUACCAACACCAACUAUUACGUGGGAGAAGAAUGGAUUAGAAAUUAUCUCGGGAGAUAAGCUUUUGAUUACACAUAAUAACAGUCUGGUUAUUAAAGAAACAGGAGUAGACGAUAGCGCCAAGUACACAUGUAGGGUAAAAAGUGAAUUUGGAAUAGACGAAAGUUCUUCCUCCAUCAGAAUAUUAGGUAAGUCAGUGGGGGAAAAGGGUAGUUUCUUUUUUCUUUGGUAAAAUAUUUUGUAAAUUAAUGUUUAACGUUUUUCAAAUACUGCAUGUGAGUAAAGUAUGUGUUACGUAAUGGUGCAAUGAACUGUUCAUUUUACAGAGCCUAUCAAGCCCCAAAUUAAUAUUCGUGGUGACCCAAAAUCUGUAGAAGCUAAAGAUCGAAAUCCCAUCACCGUAAACAUAGGUGAUAAUGUGACAGCACUUACCAAUACAAGGAUCGUUAUUCGUUGUGACGCAAGCGGUGUACCAACACCAUCCAUUACGUGGACAAAAGAUGGGCAGACAAUUUUUAGCGAUCAACAGUACAAAACUAUGGAUAAUGGCUCAUUGCUGAUCAUAAAGAAGGUCAAAGAAAGCGCUAAUCGAUACACGUGCACCGCAGUCAGCGCAUCAGGUCAAGAUAGCGCGUCAAGCAUGGUGGAGAUUUUUGGUAGGUAAUGUUCAGAACUGUCCCAGGAAGCCGGUCAGAAAAAAAGUAGCAUUUUCGAACUGUACUGAUGCUUUUUGUGAUGUUUUCGAGAGUACAGAAGCUGGAAUUAACGUUUUCACGCAAGCCGACCCUCCCCCGAAGGAUCGCCACCUUGUCGUGGUCGGUGGGCUUGAGUGCCUUGGAGACCCCUAGAGCUAUGCAGGCGGGAGCUUCGUCUCCUGGUAGGGCCACUCAAAGUCCGACGAAGCGCGAUCCACCGGUCCUCCAGGUUAAGGGUGUGGGCACAGGGCUAACAACAUUGUCCCGUAAAACACCCAUGUUACGGAAACGGCAAAAAAAAAAAAAACCGCCCUAAGUGCCACACGGCAUAAUGGGCGUGAGUGAGUGAGUGAGCACGCCGACCCGCAAGGGAUUAGGCUGCAUGUUAUUCUUAACCUUUUUCACGGGUAAAAGCAUGGGCUCAGUCGCCGGGUGUUAGAAAUUGGGUCAAUGCGUCGAUCGUCUGAGAAUGUUGUACCAAAAAAUUUCUGUUUUUUUUCUUCUUUAAAUUAACAGUGCCAACCAAGCCGGUGUUCGACGUCCCUGAAAUUGGACGUGAGAUCCCUAUGGGUGAUGGCAGCCCUGUAAUGAUUAACGUUGGUGAUAACGUAACAGCGGCUUCAAAUACAACCAUUACCAUCAGGUGUCCAGUUAGUGGAAUACCAACACCAACGGUUACGUGGGAGAAGAAUGGAGUCUUACUUUUUAGCGAAAAAAAUAUUUCAGUGGAGAAGGUAAACUCCUUGGUUAUUAGAGGGACAGAAGCAGAAGAUGGUGGAAAAUACACUUGCCGAGUUUUAAGUGUGGCUGGAAUGAAUAAGUUGUCUUCUGUGGUAACUAUUGUAGGUGGGUGUCGAGCUAUCAAUUUUGGUUACCAGUAAUUUUUAUUUAUAUUUUCUGAUGCCUGUUCUUCUUGUACAAACAGGCAUCAGAGGUUAAAGAAAUAGCAAUUCUUAAUCUUUGGCAUGAUAGAAGAGGAACUAAAAUGCGAACAAAUUUAACUCGAAUGAUAAUACAGAAGAAUAAAACAUGUCGUCAAAUCUAUUUUCUCUUGCUGAUGAUGUCUGAUGGUAUCAUAAAGGAUCAGUCAGUUUGUCCGUUGUUCCAAAAUAACUGUGGAAAAUCAUUGUAUCUCUCUUACUGGCUCAAUUUUCUUCUAGGUCAUUCUAAGCCGAAAAUUAAAAUUUCUGAUGUACCGAAGACAGCAGAAUCUCAUGAUAGAAAACCUCUUACCAUAAUCAUUGGUAAUAACGUGACAGCACUCACCGACACGAAUAUCACCAUUCAGUGUAACGCCAGUGGUGCACCAACACCAACAGUCACGUGGACCAUAGAUAGUCACAGUAUUUCAAGUGGAGAGAAGUACAAAAUUCAGGAUGACGGGUCACUGCUAAUCAGUAAAACGUCACAAAAAUACAUUGCUCGGUAUAACUGCAUAGCAGAAAGUGUUGCUGGUAAAGACAGUGCGUCAAGUACAGUGCGGAUUGUUGGUAAGUAUUUGGGUUUCAAGCUUGGGAAAGAUUACUAUUUCAUAAAUUGACCAUGGUGUACUAAUCAGUUCGUAAAACAUCAGUUCGGCCGCAUCCUUCGAAAAGUCAGCUGUUUAUUAAAUAUCGCAACGUAGUGUACUCGUGAGCAAAUCUGAUAGUUACAAUUAGUAUUAUUGGAUACAUACAGAACCAACCAAACCAGUAAUCAAUGUCCCUGAUGUCGGACGGGACAUUCUAAUGGGUGAUGGCAGUCUAGUGAAGAUGAACGUUGGUGAUAACGUGACAGCAGCUUCGAACACUACCAUCACAAUCAGGUGUCCAGUUAGUGGAGUGCCGAAGCCCUCUGUUACUUGGCAAAGGAAUGGUAUUCAAAUCACUGAAGGAAGCAGGUUUUCGAUUGCUUAUGACAACACUCUGGUCAUUAAAGGAGCGAUAUCUCAAGACAGCUCAAAGUAUACGUGCACUGUUCAGAGUGAGUUCGGAAAAGACAAUACCUCCUCUACUGUGCUGAUUAUAGGUAUGUUGUGGCAAAUAGUCAUGUUCUAAGAUUGGAUGAAAUAAAACGUUUUUUUCGGAAAUCUGUAAGUAGCCAUCGUCAGUUCUGGUUGUUUUCAAUUUUUUUGAUUCUUUUAAUAUCCUACCGUGACAUCAAAACACUUCAAGUUUAUUCUCUUUAAGAUAGGUGGUUAGAUCUGGCUCAUUUGUAACUUCUGGGCAAAUGUUGUGUUCCAUCAAUGAUGAAGUGAGCGUGUUUAGGGAAAUGUCUUUAAACUGCGCUAAAGGUGUUGUGUUAUCUUACUUUAUAUCUGGUUGAAUAUUAUCGAAUUUCUGCUUUUUAGCACAGUCCAAGCCAACUAUAAAUAUAUCUGAUGUGUCAGAGACGAUAGAAGCUCAAGACUCGAGUCCAGUCACUAUAACCAUAGGGGAUAAUGUGACAGCACUUGCCAAUACAAAUAUAACUAUUCAAUGUCAGGCCAGUGGCGCACCAAAACCGUCAGUCACGUGGUCAAAGGACAAUAAGAAACUUUCCAGUGGGGACAGAUAUACAGUUCAGGUCGAUGGCUCGUUGCUUUUAAUCAUUGGGACUAGGAUAGAGGAUUCCGCUCGAUACACGUGCACUGCAGAAAGUGUUGCUGGCACAGAUAGUGCAUCAAGCAAGGUGCAGGUUGUUGGUGAGGAGAUAACCUUGGUUAAAACACAGUUUUCGUUUAUGGUAGCUCGGCCGCAUCCUUCGUCAUUCUGUACUUUUAUAAACUCAGAAAAAGCAAACGAAAUGAAGCAAAAAUAUAUUUGAAUAAGUUACUAGUAACCAGGCGAUUUGACACUGACAGAUCACAUUUAUUUUAAAUGGAAAGUGAUAAAAAUUGAAUUGAUGUUGAUUUGCGGCAUCAAGAGAACAUAAAGGGGCAGAGAGGAUAGCUCCAGGUCCAUGCCUAAGAAUAUUUUUAUUUCUUUUAGUUUAUCUAUAGACAGUCUCUCGAGCGGAAGUAUGUCUUCCGAGGCGUCUGCUAUAGAGCUUAUAUCAAUCUAAUCUCAUAUACUGAGUGAAAUGUUGUGUGCAACCACAUUCAUGACCGUUCGAAUUAGUCAAACGUUUCUCUCACCAUCUCAAAUAUCCAGGUUUUUUGUUACAACGGUGUGACCAUAGCAGGGUUACCUUAUGACUGUGUUUAAAUGGAAAACAAACUGUGGAGCAAUGAGUUGCGACGUCUAAUUUUUUUUUCAGAUCGACCAAUAAUUAGAAGCCGUUUUUCCUCAUGCAAACCUUCAUAACAUAUAACCUAAGGCUAGGGUCAUAAUUUUGGAAAAGAUAGUGGGCUAAGUGUUCUGACACCCUGAUUUUCCCUUCUUAUCCCCUUAUAUUCUCUUGUAGCUCUAAAAGGUCUAACAGCUGGCAGAUUCCCUGACAAUCUUCUUCUCCAGCUUAUUAACCGGUAUCUGAUUACGACGCCCUAAAAUCAAGGAAGACUCAUUUUAAUUGUGCUUUGUUGUUUUUUUCUCUAGUGCCAAGAAAACCAAUCGUAGAAGUCUCAGAAACCGGGAAAGAAAUCCCUGUUGGUGAUGGCAGUCCGGUAACUAUGAAUAUCGGUGAUAACGUGACAGCAGCUUCAAAUACUACCAUCACAAUCAGAUGUCCAGUUAGUGGUGUACCAACACCAGCUGUUACCUGGGAGAAAGAAGGACUUACACUGACAUCGGAAGAGAAUAUUUUUAUCGUCAAUGAGAGCUUAUUGAUCAUCAGAGAGUCUAAAGAAGAAAACAGUGGAAGAUACAUUUGCAAAGUUAAAAACGGCUUCGGCGAAGAGAGCUUAUCCUCCAUCGUCAGAAUUUUGGGUUAGUGUUUAUAAGUCAUGGCAUUUUUAGACAGCUUUCAAAAUUCUUUUACGUUAGAGAUGUAAAAACUAAAGUGAUAGGCAAAGUCUUCGACUUUUUGUCAUGUAGACCGCUGUUUUCUUUCAUCGCCAGCAGUCGAACCCCUUCCCUAAAAAGUGCGACUUGAAUGUGGCGUCUAUUCUAACACACUGUAUCUUCGGUGAAGAUGGCGCCUUAAAUGAAAGAAAAAAAUUUAAAAAUGCUUUUCUCUUCUUUCUCAUUUAAAUGAACGUAACAGAAACAAUACAGGACCAAAAUUGUUUCAUUGAUUACAAUUCCAAUAAGUAGCAUGAGCGUUCAAUAGUGGUUUUGUGACUGUCCUGUGUGUGUGCCUUCUCUUAAAUUGCUUCCAUAGGACCCUCUAAGCCCAAAAUAAGGACUCCUACGACGCCCAAGACGAUAGAAACUCAAGACCGAAAACCUAUUACCAUAGUCAUUGGUGAUAAUGUGACAGCACUUACCAAUACGAACAUUACCAUUCAGUGUCAUGCCAGUGGCGUUCCAGCACCAACUGUCACGUGGAGCAAAGAUGGUAAAGUUGUAAACAGUAAAGGUAGUUACACAGUUAAGGAUGAUGGCUUAUUGGUGAUCAAUGGAGCUGCCCACGAGGACUCCACUCGAUAUACGUGUACUGUCGAUAAUGCUGCUGGUACAGACAGCGCGUCAAGCACGGUGCGGAUUGUAGGUAAAAUAUCAAGUAUGGUUUUUUUAGCCUACGUUGUGUUGAGAGGACGUUAUUAUUAAAUCAACCUUGUUCUUUUUGUAAUUAUAACUUGCUUGAGGUUAAUUCCUUAUUUGUCUUUUUACGGCCCAUGUACUUGCAAUCGUCGAGUCUGUCUUCAAAAUGUUUUGCUCAAAUAUUCGGCCAAUGAGUGACAGUGAUAAGAACACGAGGUAACCUUUAUCAUUGUAAGUCAGCGAACCAAAGCAGUUUGUCGGGUCGCAUCUAAGUUUUUACUUUGGUUCCCACUUGCUUUGUUUACGGUGCAUGUUACCAUCUUAUUAUGCAGAUCCUAUAAAGCCUGGGAUUGAAAUCAACAAGACUUCUCAGGAGAUUCCUGUUGGUGAUGGCACUCCAGUGGUUAUAAAAGUUGGUGAUAACGUGACAGUAGCUUCAAACACAACCAUCACCAUCAGGUGUCCGGUUAGAGGAGUACCGCCACCAACUGUUACCUGGGAGAAAGAUGGAGUACUGAUUUUAGAAGGUGGCAGAUUUACAUUUAUGCCCUUUAACAACUCGUUGGUUAUCAGAAGAGCGACCAAGGCUGAUAUCGCAACGUACACUUGUCGUGUCCAAAAUUUCUUUGGAACGCAUAAGUUAUCUUCUACAGUGAAUAUAAUUGGUAAUGAAUGCUGCCUACUUUGUGCCAUUAUUGAGUAGUCCCUUAAUGUAGUAUUAAUUGAUCCAACAUUUCACACUUGGGGUUUCUCUCUAAGAGCGAUACGAAGUUUACUGGGUUUAAAGUCUACAUCUGCGAAGCGGGAUGACCUAAUGCUUAGCGCGUUGGAAUCCAAGUCGAGAUGUUAAUUGUCGGGCCCUGAUCAGGUCUCUGUGUUAAGUUCACGAACAAGACAUAUUCUCGCAGUUCCUCUCUCUUUCCAGCUAACUGCUACAGAAACUUUACGAAAUGCUUAGAGUAACCUGCGAUGGAUGUACAUCCCAUGCAGAGGAGAACGGCUUGUGCGAGCCACUUGACUUCACUUGUCAACCAUUAAAUGAUGUAGUUUUGCUUUAUAAAAAUUUGGGUUUUGUAUAAUUUAAAGAUGCCUUAACUUGUUAUAUUUAUUUUUAUAAAUUUUAUUCAAAGGUGAUUGAAUAACGAUGUAUGUUUCUAUUUCAGAUCCAGUGAGCCCUCAGAUAACAUAUUCUUUAGGAGAUGUAGCUUGGUUCAGUGAAAAACCUGUCAACAUUACCAUUGGACAACAUCUGGUCACGUUAGUCGAUACUGUGUUGUCCAUUCAUUGUGCCGCAAAAGGCAUUCCUAUACCAAAGGUUACCUGGGCCAGAGGAAAUCAGUCCCUUCCUUCUGACGGCCGAAUGAAUGUUAAAAACGGCACUCUUCUCAUCGUAAAACUAGAAACUUCUGACAGCGGAAACUAUACGUGCUCAGCACAAAAUUCUGCAGGAAUAGCAUUAGAAUCCUCAAUCGUGACAGUUGCAGGUGAGGCCGAAAUUCUUGCGAAGGGACUCGUUCACACCCAAAGGCAGAAGAAGGAUGCUGGUCUCUCGAGGACUCACUUAUUUUAGAGCGAAUCAAACAUUGAUUCAAAUAAUACCUCUCAGAUCCAUUGUUACAAGCUGCUCUUUAUAGUCUAUUUUCAAAGGCUGUGAAGGGCUUUGUUUCCCUACCUCAAAUCGUGAGCGUCAGUUACAGGAAAAUAAGCCGAUAUUUCCAAUAUUUUCGCUCAGCUGGGCCGAAGUGCUAAAUGUCCAGGAAAAUUGAGGUUGGUGCCUUUACUUCUUCACCAUCGAAUUUUUUAAAUUUUUUGUUGUCUUCUUUGUUGUUUUUAGUGCCUACACCGCCAGAAAUCACUCAAACAGGUAUUAAAGAUCUUCAGGUCCUUGAGCCUAAAUCCGAAAAGGCAGUUGUUGGAAGCACAGUUCUUACAAUUAGUGGUAACAAUUUGUCAUUGACUUGCGACGUGACGGGCUUUCCACCUCCUUCCAUUGAAUGGGCAAAAGAUGGUGCCGUACUGGGAGCAGAUGGAUCGGUCUUACGCCUUUUAUCUGUUGACGUUGACGACACUAGUGUUUAUACAUGCACAGCUACAAGUCCCCUAGGACAGGUAGACUCACAGAGUACGAACUUAACGGUUAUAGGUAGGUAUUUAUCCACUCCACAGUGUAACUAUGGAAACUGUUCAAGAAGGAAGACAAAGUACUCUCUUUUUUAUAGUGAUUAAACAAAGAGUUGUUGUGAGUCCACGGUUUUGCUUAUCCUCGUUUCUUUUGCUCAUAGUACUUCGGGUGCUCGGUAUUUAAUACUUUGAUCAGCCCUUAUUUAAACGAUAAAAAAUGUAUUUCUGUUUAAAUAUUUUCGUCUUUAUUCAUCGGCCUAAUCCUUAUUUCAAGGUUUUUCAAAAUUUCUAAUCAUAUCCUAAGUAGCUCUUAAGUAAUUUUUCUCUUGUCAUUUCGGUAGCAAAAGAAAGGAAAUCAUCUUCCUCAGAAAUUUUGGUCCAUGUUAUUGUGUUCAAAUGUUUUAAUCCUAAGAGAUCUUCCUCGUUUUAUGUUCUUAGCUCUUCAAGUUCCCAAAAUAACAAUUAACGAUGCCAACGUAGAGUUGCUAAAGAUGACAAACGUGUCCGUUACCAUUGGAGGUAAGGUAACUACGUUGGACAGAAACAAAGUGAGUAUCGUCUGCCAGGUUACCGGAGUUCCAAGCCCAGAAAUUACGUGGGAAAGAGACGAAGUUGAACUUCAAAAAGGGGGAGUGUUUUACACAAUAGAGAGUGUUACUCCGAAGGAUAGUGGACGAUACACUUGUGUUGCCAAAAAUGUCGGCGGCGAAGUCAAAGCGACGACACAACUUCAAGUACUUGGUACGUAGUUUAAACUGCUGCAACAUUGAAACAGUUUGAUACUUCUUUCUUGUAACAAAGCUAAUGACUUAAAACACCGUCGUCUUCAUAUUAGUGUUUGAUCCUGUUAAAAGAUAAAACCAUCGACAUGAAUGAACUUCUCAAAAGCUCGCAUAUAAACUGCCGUGCAAUUGGAUAUCAUCUAAAGUCUUCGAAUUUUAUAUUGGAGUUUCAAUUUAUCAAGACUAUGAAAAAUUUGAAAUUAAGAUUUAACUAAUUUGAAGGCCACACUUUUUCGCUGGAGGAUAAACCGUGACGUGAAAAGUUCGAGUCCCAGUUAUUCAAAGGCCGAUUAUCGUUAACCCAGUGUUGAAUUUUAAUCCGGUUUUCUUUGUUCCUUUGUUCAUACACCUUCAGCUGAUAAUUUUCUCUAUUCUUUUUAGAGCAUCCAAUCACCAAAUUGUAGACUAAAUAAAAUUGUACUGAACUCUUUAAAAGCUUACAGAUCUGAAAUCAGAUUUCACGCUAACCCUGGGUCAUCUUAACCCAGAUUUGAACAAGCCGGCACGGCAUAGCUCUGUUUUAAGGGUUCCAAACGACUUCCAAAAGGCCUAGCUGAUGAAAGUGUCAUUACAAUACGCUACAGUCAAUUUCGUUAGAGCGGUUGAAUACCUGUAUCACAUAGUAAGUUGUCAUUUUCACUAAUCUCAUAGCUGGAAAGGCUCCUACAAUUGACUCCUUGAAUAGAAGUCUGGUCCAUCUGAGAAUCGAUUUCUACGCAAUAACCAUUGGAACUAACCUUACUACCCUGGCGAGCUCAGGUCUAGAAAUCAUUUGUCCCGCCAGUGGAUUUCCUAAGCCUUCCAUUCAGUGGUUCAGAGAGGGUGACCCUGUAGAACCUGGAAUGAUGCUUAACGUGGACGAAGAAACAGGAACACUAUUUACACUCAGCAUAUCACAUCGGAAGGGAGGAAGAUUCUCUUGCAAAGCCAGUAAUGAAUUAGGAUCAGUGUACGCUUCGUCUUUCAUCGCUGUUCUCGGUAUGAGUGUACUAUUUGUAACGUGAGUGACUUUAGACUAGCGAUAAACUGAUUUCAUUCAUGCCUGUAAAAAGCCUCCGUAGAUAUAUCGACUCCUGUUUAAUGUCUUUUCUUCAAUCAAGAUCAGAGCCUGCAUACGUUGAAUCAAAAGAGGCUGUUUUAAUUUCUUCGCAAGGUGAUUGAAUGAACCCUUCCCCAACCAACUAUCGAAUUAAAUCCCUUUAAAUGCGUUUCCUGCCCUUUAUGAAAUGUGACUGAUAACACUAAUUAGUACUUCUUUUUUCUGAUAUUGAAGUUCCUGGAGCUCCUCAGAUUAAUGUGUCCCGUGUGCCGGUACAAUCUCUGGACAGUCGAGAUCCUGCUUUUAUCACCAUUGGUCAAACACUUUCUGUUCUGAACGGAACAAAUUUGUCCAUUGCAUGCCCUGUUUAUGGUAUACCUGAGCCAGUCGUUACCUGGAGUCGACAAAAUAAAGACUUGGACACGAAUGGGCGAGUUGUUAUCAAGGACUCGGUUCUAACUAUCUUACGUGUGACAAAUACUGAUACCGGCAUUUACCUUUGCAAAGCGGUCAAUCUUGCUGGAGAUGUUACCGCCAACUCCAAUGUGACUGUACUUGGUAGGUCAUUCUCAAAGUUCAAUAAUCACCGUACCACCCGUCAGCUAAUCAAAAUUGUAUCUUGCGCCUGUGAUUUUCUAACGCAUUCUUGACUAUGUUCUUUGUAAACAAAUGUUGUUUGCUUUGUGUCGUAAAUGUUCCUUUGCAUUGUGUUCUUUUACUAUGGAUAAUACGACAACAUUUUUUCAUAAAACUCAUUUUAAAAGAUCCUUGAUUUUUUUCAGGGUAAUGACUAACUGAAUGUGUGAAUAUUUUCCAUUUAGCUGAAUAGACGGUACCUAGUCAAAAACCAAGCUUUAUUCAUUUUGAGUAAAUUCCGAUAUUGCCAAUGAAUUCAUAUUCGCCGACAAUACUUUCAGAAACCUCCACACCAUUGAUCUCAAGAGUUAGCCAGCCUUUACAGAUCCUUAACAGUGGUUCAUUCACGGUAGACGUUGGUUCGAUUGUGACGACAGUGGCCGGUAACGGGUUAUUCUUAAGGUGUAACACUAAAGGAGUACCCACCCCCAAAAUUAUCUGGAGUAAGGACAGCGUCCCAUUAAAUGUUGAAGGCUCAUUGUACAUAUUAAAGUCACUUAGUGCUUCGGAUUCCGGAUCAUACCAAUGCGUUGCCUCCAACAUCGAUGGAACUGAUAAAGAGGACAUACAGAUUGUUGUCUUAGGUAAAUAAACUUUGCCUUUCUAUCGUCCCCUGGCCCGGCUGAGGGACCAACCAUACUGGCAUACUCUAAUUUCCAGGAAUAAUCUUUGAUAGAGAUGUCACGCUGUCCUUCCAGUCGAAAAGAAACAGUAGAUUAUGUCCUACUCACUACUUGAUCGUUCAAUUGCAGCUGUGAAGGACCGUUAAUAAUGUUGAUGUUCGCUUACUUGAAGACUAAAUAUUUAGUUAAUAAUUAAUCCGCUGGUUGAACAAUGGACCUGUUUAUUUUAUCUUUGUAUUUACUGGUUUAUACUGCUGCUUUUGAUAUGCAAUACAUACACAUACUGUUAUCGCUCUACGAAUGGAAAGUCGUAGAGAAGAACCAAUAAAACCAACCUCACUCAAAAGAAAGUAUGAACCAGCUUAAUUGAUCCAUGAUGCAAUUCCUGUCAUAUACUAAGCUUUUAAUGAGAUUGGCUACGAUUUUUAGCUACUGUAUGAUACCUUCCUGGGGCAAUGCUUUUACUUUUAAUUCUUUUUUAUUGCUAAUGCUACUUUUUUAUUCUUUGAAAAGAUGGCAAUGCACCUAAAAUCACAAGCUCAGGGGAAAAUAUUAUAGCAAUAAGCGGUGAAAAGCAACUACAGAUUACGAUUGGUGAUAACUUAACCACUGUCAUCGGAACAGACAUAGAUAUCUUAUGUCCAGUCGCGGCCUUGCCUAAUCCAACAAUAACGUGGUUGUUCAAUGGUUCGGCGAUCAAAGAGGGAAAUCCACGUCUCGUAAAGGUCGCGAAAGCGGUAUUGAAUCUUGCUGGUGUCACACCGGAGGAUAUUGGCUCUUACACAUGCCAUGCCAAUAACACUUUUGGGAAGGACAUAAAGACUACGUUUUUGUCUCUGAUCAGUGAGUACUUGAAACUUUGCUAAUUUGUCCCCUGUCGCCUAUCUUUUAUCACUGACUUACAGUCCGACUUAAUUCUACUGUUGAGAGGCAACUCAAAUUUUCCCAAAUGGCGUUAUAAAGCGUUUGUAGAGGUCAAAAAUUUUCUUUUAGAUAUUGACUAAAUCCAAGUUACUAUCAAACCGGAUGCAUAGUGCUGGAUCAAUUGUUGAACACUUAAAAUAACACUGGUUUAUGAUCGUUUGCGGAAGACUUCGUAGUACAGUAGUGAGCGCGCUGGAUUCCGGAUCGAGAGGUCCAAGUUGGAACGAGGACCUUAUCACUGUGCUGUGUUCUUGAUACAGGAGUGGGCCUUUUGGGUAGUAAGCUGAUGUUACCCUACCGAGCAGUUACUUAGUAAUAUUCUUAAUGAUUACCUUAGCCGUAUUGACAGUAUAGAUUGGUGGUCACGAUCAAUAGUAGAGCUACUCUUUUAAUCCUUAGUUCCAGUGGAACCGAAGAUCAUGUCUUCAAAUAAAGACCUCAGGGACUUCAAAUCUGUGAGUCACCGGCUUGUUAUUGGCGAUGAUCUGGACGCUGUCGAGGGUUCUACAGUAUACAUAAGCUGUCCAACUACAGGAAAUCCUGUCCCUGAAAUACAUUGGAAGACACCUGGUGGUUUGAUCUCCAGCAGUGAAAGGUUACGGAUUUUGAACAAUACACUUGGAAUUUUGGAUGGUACCUGGUCUGACUCUGGCAUCUACUCAUGCAUAGCCACCAACGGUGCCGGAUCUGAUGAGAUGGCAACUCGGGUUAAUUUUAUGGGUACGCAACUAAACUAAAAUUCCAGAUGAACCUGUUUCCUCUCUAAGAUCGUAAGAAAAUGCAAAACUUGCCCUGCCUUUCCUACCAGGCCUUCUUCCCUUCCCAAGGACAAAAGUAAUACUCAAAACUAUGGUGUUGGUGUAUUUGUAUUAUGUCGCGAUCUGAGAGAACGACUCAGUCGGGCAACCGAAUGCGAAGUCAUUUUAACUUUUUAAAGGGCCAUAUUGUGGUAAAUGGGUCUUUCUUACUAUCCUAUAACGCAUUGACUUCACUGUACAACAACAUUUAGUCAUUCAAGCUGGAUACUCAUCUCCCGGGCUUCAUUUUAGACGGAUAGAAAUUGUCUGAAAUUGAAUUUAGACAUUCUUCUCGGUGGAAAAAUAUUUCUGCGUAACGUUCUCUUCCUUUUAAGGACACAAGUAUGAAAGCAGUCGAGUGUCUUUCCUAUUUUUUAACUUCCACAUUUGGUUGAUCACCUAUCUUUACCAUUUAUUAGCACCCAAGAAGCCUUCCAUUAGAGGCGAUCCCAUUGAUAUCGAGUCUUUUGAUCGGCAACCUGUAACAGUGGCAGUUGGUGGUACUGUAAAGGUUUUGGAGAAGACAACUGUGAACAUCCAGUGCGUGGCUUCGGGGAUUCCUGAACCUUCUGUCUCUUGGAAUAGCAGCAGUAAUGAUAUGCAACCAGCUAACAAAUUUGAUGUGAAUCAAGGUGGACAAUUGUUGACGAUUCGUGAUGUUGACCCGACAGACUCUGGGACGUACUUGUGCAGUGCUGUGAAUAAAGCUGGCGAGGACUCUCGUGCGGCUGUGUUAGAAGUUAUUGGUGAGUGAAAACAUUUCUUGGAUCUUCUCGUUACAAGAGGUCAGUCUUGUGAUGGAAAAAAUGUUAUAUUCGGUGCUUAAAGCUGGAAUCACUGAUUGGAGGCAAAGGCGGAAAAAACAAACCAACCAUCUAUGUACAGUACAUUCAAGCCUUAGUCUCAGUGUUCAAUAGAUAUCAUUACUCUAGCGAGAAUCUAAGCCCUUUCAAGUUGAAAUAAAUGCACUAUCAAUUUUGUUGGAAACUGAAAUUCAAAAUAUGUUACAUAGUGAUGAUAUGAAGAGGACCAAUUUAGUGUUACCAAGGCAAUAUUUCGUUUCUUUUUUCAGAACCCUCUCUUCCAAAGAUAGCGACAUCCGACACUUCUGUUUCAUGGUAUAACAGAAAGCACAGAAUACUUCCCGUUGGGGGAAGAGUUGAAGUGCUCUCUGGAACGAAAGUGACCUUGACUUGUGAAUACUCGGCUUUUCCGGAAGCGAAUGUCAAGUGGAUUGUUUUAGAUGUAGAAGGUGAUCCUUUACCAGACGUUGGAUAUGAGGUCAUUAACGGUUCACUUGUACUGAUGGCGUUACGGCCAUCUGAUUCAGCUCAGUAUGUUUGCUCUGUGGAAAACGUAGCGGGAACGGCAUCCGCAUCUACAAUACUUAAAGUCGUUGGUAAGUUUUAUUUUUUCUUGGAAGUAGGUAUUUCGUUUCUAACCAGUGCCAUAAAUUUCCUUUUCAUGACAUUUUUUUCCUAGAUGUUGUAGGGGCGUUGAUUGUGAACACAUGCAACUUUUCCCAUUUUUGUGUGUUAAGAGGUUCCUUAAGAACUGUUUGAAUUUUAUAGUAAUCACGAUUUUGAUUAGGUCCCAACUAAAUGAACUGGAUAAUUUGUUACCUUGUUGCCGCCUUACUCAGAUCCUCAGCCACCAUCAAUAAGCUCUUCUCAAGAAAGCAUCAUUUCUCUAUCGGAUCGUCUUCCUGUACAAGCUAUCGCUGGUAAUGUCGUCACCGUUCUGUCUGGCACGAGUAUUACAGUCACUUGCUCUGCUGACGGGUUGCCCACUCCGUCAUUAGCCUGGAGCAGAGAAGAACAGCUGAUUCCUACGACGCGAUCUGGUAUUCUCAGAGUUGAAAAUUCCACUGCAGAAGAUUCGGGAGAUUAUCUCUGUACUGCCAUGAGUGAAGUUGGUGUCGAUCAGGAGUCUACGAAAAUCACAGUCAUCGGUUAGUGUCUUCACCUAACCCUAACCCAGCCUAUAGAAUAUAUCACAUAGAUGAUUGUAGUUUUUGUUCUCUCCCUCAAUACUAUCGUAUACAGGCUUCCUAUAGAUAUAUAUAUAUGGUUCAGUACUUUUUGAGCAUUUAUUUCGUUGCUUGCAGAAAAGAAAGUUUCUUUAGAAUUAAAUGUUCAGGAGAUUUCCAAAAAGUCGAAUGUGUACGUAUGUUGUUCGUGUGCGGUUAAUAAGGACUCCACCUGUCGAUUGAGAUAAAAUCAAGGCACAACGUAGAAAUUUUUUUCCGAUCAACUUGAAAUUAGGCCUCUUUGAAAACAAACGUGUAAAGAAACACGACAUCUUCAUUCUUUAGAAUAUAGUUUAAAACAACAAUAUAAGUUCUCACAUGUUCUUUUGAACAAAUCACAAAAUUGCAGAACCAAGAGAGCCUCGUAUUCGUCCACCUGAAGGCGACAGAAUCCCUCUUACCAACGCUACCCUUGUGAAAGUUACAGUAGGAAGUGAAGUUACAGUACUAACACAGUCUCAAAUCAAUAUCACGUGUGUCGUAAGCGGUAUACCAAAACCAAAUAUUACGUGGCUGAGAGAUGGAGAGCGAUUGGAGGCUGAGGAAGGCAGCUUUUUAGUGUUGAACAUUCAGGAUGUACACAAUGCUGGGCGGAUCACAUGUCAGGCCGAGAAUAUGGCAGGAAAAGCAGCGUUAAGCACCAUUAUCAAUGUCAUAGGUAGGGAGAGAAAAAAGAAGUUUCAAAUUCAAAGUUUGAAUGAAUUUAGUCUACUUUUUCGCCUGUUUGCCUCUUUGCCUCUUUGAUAACAAUGAUUUCUAGGCAGUUUGUUUGAAAAGUAUUCAGUUUGCAGACUGUAAAUUUGUUGAGAAUUUCAGGAAGGCUGCGCAAAGAGAAACUCCAAGGAUGCCCUCGUUCUUUCCAAAACUUCCCACGAGUAUCCACUCGUCAAUAUAAGUACGAUAUGCGUGACCCCACCCAGAUCUAGGGAAUGUUUGGUCCUGUCUAUAGUUGUGUCAUUACCACACGGAAAGUUAUUGAAGUGUGAGAUGAGUUUUUGACCAUAAUACGUAUGUCCUCUGUCUGUGCCCGCGCUUGUCGAGUGAAUAGUCGUAAGAGGGUCUCAUUAUUUUUGUAUUCUUCGCAUUCAUUUCAGAGCCUGCGAUUCCACGUAUUACAUCUGAUACAGAAACAAUCGAUGCGCUAAACAAGAGAAGAGCUGUAACGGGAUCUGUUGGUGUCACUGUGAAGAUGUUCACAGCUACAUCUCUGACUCUGAGAUGUUAUACUGAAGGAUCUCCCGAGCCGACUGUAUCGUGGAGUAAGAAUGGCCAACAACUAGAUUCCAAGGGUAGAAUCUCCAUAUCUGAUGAUGGUGCAAUGACCAUAACGAACACUCGGACACAUGACACCGGACGCUACAGAUGUUUAGCAAAGAAUAUUAUCGGCAAAGCUUCUGUAGCCUCUUCUGUGUAUGUUCGAGGUAAUUAUUGAAACUGUUUUAACAACUUUAUUGACAGAUGUAUUACCAAAUUUAGAGUGCACUUCAAGUGCAUUUCAGGUGAUGCUUGUUGAUUUGCGUUACACCAUAACUGUAAACGUCGGCUAUAUAUUUUUUUCGAUUCACAUCCAAUAUUUCGAAUGAAGUAGAAUAAUGAUAAUAAUAAAAAUAGUUGAAUAAGUUAAAAUGACCAUCGUUAUCAUGCUGGUUACGACAGUUCUAAAAGAAUAUUGAUUUCGCGAUAACAAAACAGUUGUCUUCACACGAUUUUUUUUCGUGUAGCUCCCAUGGCUCCUACAAUAAGAAAAUCCGACGCCUACAUCAUUUGGUAUGAGAGCCAACCAUUUAAAGCAAAAAUUGGAGACAAUUUGACAACAUUGAAAGGAAGGAGGUUAACCUUGACUUGCCCUGCCGUUGGAGUCCCAAAACCAGCUGUGUCUUGGUACAGGGGUGGGAUGAAAAUGAGGAGCGGUAAAAACUAUCUUGUGAUUGGUCAGACGCUGAUCAUGUACAGACUCGAUCCUAUGGACACAGAUCGCUACACCUGCGUGGCAAGGAACUUCGCGGGGGUCAAGACUGCUACUAGUACACUGAAAGUUCACGGUAUGGUCUCUGCUAGUUUCUAUGUUUGUAAACAAUUCUUUAACAACUUGCAAUAAAAUGUUAAAAAAAAGUUGCAUCCACGGAAAAGAUUUUCAGGUAAAAUUAUGACUUACCUUUCAAAUUUGAUACUCAUCUAAGAGAAGAAGACCACGCCCAAACUUUUCUCUCCACAAUUUCUUUAUAACUACUUGCACCUCUAUUAAGACACGCUGAUACCAAAAUGAUAAAUGCCCCCCCCCCCACCCCCACUACAAGUGGAGCACAUAUUACCAUGUAAGCUCUUAUCGCAAAGCAAUUCACAUUUAUAUUUAGAUAAUUUAUAAUUAUAAUUCACAGCGUGGAAGUCAUGAAUCGGUGGCGGAAGCGGUGGUUGUAUAGGGGCGUGGAGCCGGGGACAGAAAUCUCAAAGCAAAACGUUCUUUACCUUUGCAGACUUUACAGAUCUGCUUAGCGUCCUUUAUUACAUUCGCGAUAAACAAAUGUACCUAUAUCAUUCAUAAUUAAAUGAUUUAUGCAAUAAUUGAGAAUGUUUUUAUCCUUCUCACUGUGGGAAGAGACGCACUCUCUCCACCUACUUUUUCGCAUCAAGUUAAGUUUCCACGCUAUUUGCCUGUUAGCUCAACAACUUCUCUACGUUCUUUUACAGAACCCAUGGCACCUGAUAUAAUGUCAUCUUAUGGCAGUGCGGAAUCUCUGCAGGACUGGACACAUUUUAAUUUUACUAUUGGAACAGACGUGGCUAUCUUACAGGGAAGUCCGAUGACAAUCAAGUGCCCAGUUAUUGGCGUACCAGAACCAAAAAUCGGCUGGAUAAAAGAUGGCAAGAUGUUAACUUCUAAUGAUCGCAUGGACAUGGACUGCGUUGGUACUCUAAACAUUUACAAGCUUGAGCUUGAAGACUCCGGGGAUUAUGUCUGUACCGCUCAAAGCUUUUUGGGAAUGGAUAUUGCAUUUAGUGCUGUAACGGUUAUUGGUAAGAAUGGGAGUUAUCAGUCUAAUUCUUCAUUUCUGCCAUAAUUUCUGGUAAUUUAGUCUGGUAACCAGAGAGCUAUGUUGAGGUCCAAAGACCCUCAAAACCAGGCAGCAACCCUGAAAAUUGAUUCGGCACCCUAAGAAAGAUUCUUGGGACUUGUAAAGAAACUUUACAAGCUGUUUUUGACUAUAACACUGAUUUAUUUCAUAUCAUUACUUUUAUCAGUUUUCCUGUUGUUUCGGUAUAUUUUUACCUGUAGACUUACCCUAAGCAAAAUAAGUGGUUACAGUUUAAGAAACAGCACACAGGAAAUUGAAGAGAUGCGCAACACCAGCGCGUAGAGAGAUGGUAUUGCACCUUUUCAUUAAAGCCUCGUUGCAUCUAUGGAAAGGACCCAAAAAUUGGGAAUUUAAGGCUAUUACUAGCUUUGUUGUUUUUUUCUUCUUCCCUUUUAUUAUUUAUUUACUCUCAGAAUGAUCUGUUUCCCUUCAGAGGCCGUCAAACCGACAGUUGACAUCUCCAAUAGGGCGUACAUUAGCAGUGGCGAACUUAUAGACAUGCAAGUCGGAGACAACCUCACAGCCAUACUCACCACUCCUGUCAACAUCAACUGCACAGCUUCAGGAGUCCCUAAACCAAGCAUGACUUGGGAAAUGAACGGAAAACAACUGGGUAAUGGUGGAAACUACAACACUGACAACAACGGAGCCCUUAUCAUCAGAGGAGUCCAAGAUCCUGGAGAGUUCACGUGUGUUGCACAGAACUUUGUUGGCCAGGACGGUGCAUCAAGCUUUAUUGCUCUGUUAGGUUUGUGACCAAAAUAUGCAACUCUUUCAUGCAAAGAUCAAAUUUCGGAUAACCCCUCGUCUUUGUUCGAUAGACUAAUUGAUAGUUUCCACUUGGCAAUGUUAUUAGUUGCUGAAGAAACUAUUGUGGAACUUUAGGCAAGAGAAAUACUCAAUCGAUUAUUAACUAUAUUUUUGGUUAAUUUUCCGCAGGUAAUUGAUAUUUAUAACCAUUUGAAAAUCAUUUUCCCAUUUCAUCCAAUAGAUCCUAGAAAGCCUAUGAUAAAAAGUUCUGACGAACCAAAGACGAUAGAAUCUAUGGACCAAAAUCCUCUCGCACUGAUCGUUGGAGACAACGUGACAGCACUUACUAAUACAAGUGUUACCGUUCAAUGUAACGCCAGCGGCGUACCACCACCAAUUAUCACUUGGACACAAGAUGGUCGGAAAAUAAGCAGUGGAGAUAGAUACGCAAUUCAGGAUAGUGGAUCGCUUUUUAUCCGCGAGCCUGAUAAAUCAGACACUGCUCAAUACACGUGUACUGCAGAAAAUGUUGUUGGUAAAGUUAGUGCGUCAAGCAUAGUGCAGAUCGUAGGUGAGUUUUCUUUGUUACUUGGUCAUUGGUCAUUCUACGAAAUAAUUAUACUUUUAACGUCCAAGCACUUUUAGUGGUUUUGCCAUGGAAGUGUGGUCGGUUAGGUUUAUCAGAUUUUUAUUUUAAUGAUUUUCAGAACCCGUCAAACCAGUAAUCGAAGUUCAAAGACCUGGACGAGUGAUUCCUGUUGGUGAUGGCAGUCCAGUGACCAUAGACGUUGGUGAUCAUGUGACAGCACCUUCAAACACAACCAUCACCAUCAGGUGUCCAGUUAGUGGUAUACCAAAACCAGUUAUUUCAUGGGAAAGAGACGGCGUGCAGGUUACUCCGGAGGGGAGACUGUCAAUUAGCAGUGAUAACAGUCUGGUGAUUAAAGAAGCGGGUGUUGAUGAAGGCGCUAAUUACAAGUGUAGCGUCCAAAGCAUUGCUGGAACGGACAGUGUUUCCUCAACUGUCAGCAUAGUAGGUCAGUUUCAUUUCAGUGUGGUGUUUUCAACCACGAUGAUAUGGUGUUUAAAAGUCUGAAUACAACGUUAGAGAAGAAAAUAUCGAAGAUUCUCUUUGUUCUAAUGUCUUCGCUUUUUAAAUUUGUUUAUUGAGUGCAUUGUUCAUUCAAAUCCCACAAAGACUCAGUUGUCAAGAGAACGUAAUAAGAGUAAUUGAUCUAAAUUACCCGAUCAGGGAAUUGGAGAACCAGAAGUGGUUGCCGUCUGAGUCUCUCCCUUGAAAAUGUUGUAAACUUGAGCCUUUGUUAAAAAUUUCGUUCGUUGGUUCGUCAGUCUUUUAGAUGUUACACUUAGUCCUCAACGGUCCUUUUUUUUGUUUUGUUUGUUUUUUGGUUUAUUUUGACCAAAUUGUUGUAUUCUACCCUGAUAAAGUUUUUGAUUCGGUUAUUCAAAUGAAGUCUGACUAAGGCCGCGGUGUCAAUAAUUGGACUUCAACAGGUGAAUUUUUUUCAAAGUUAGCUACUAGCCCUUAGACACUGAUCACAUUAAUUGACAUUGACUGAAGAGUUUCGGCAACUUAAAGAUGUUCAAGAGCGGAGUUUAACUGCUGAGACGAAAACGACUCUGUUUGAAUAACCAGCCUUUUUCUCUUUCGAAAGCUUCUUUUGAACACCAAUUCUUUGGGUGGUAACACCUUUAAGUUAACAAAAUCUGGGUUCUUAGAAUCAGUUUACUAUGGAAAAAAGUGUUAUAUGAACAAAAGUAACUGAACACGACUCCGUUCGGUAGAACUGUCCAAACCGGUGGUGAAGAUUCCUGACAAGCCUAAGACCUCAGAAGCUCAAAACAAGAGUCCUAUCAUCAUGAACAUCGGCGAUAACAUGACAGCACUUACCGACACGAAUAUCACUAUUCAGUGUCAUGCCAGCGGUGUUCCAAAACCAGCAGUCACGUGGUUAAAGAACGGUCAGAAAAUCCGCAUCGACAGCAAGUACGCGGUCCAGGAUGAUGGUUCACUGAUUAUCAGAGGAACAGAUAAAGGAGACACCGCCCGAUACAGUUGCAUUGCGGAAAGUGCGACUGGUAAAGACAGUGCCUCGAGUGUCGUGAUGGUUGCGGGUGAGCUUAAUAUAAUUGGUAUUUCGUUGCAGUUAGUAAUGAGGACUUGCUACAGAGUAAUACCGGUAAUGCACCAUCUAGAUCUCCAGACUUUUGUCGGGUUUGACCUUUUUGGGAGCAGAAACCAUUGGGAUCCUGGUUUGGCCAACGAAACGUACUAAAUUCUUAGGAAUUCUAACAUUCGCCUAAAGACUAAGGGCACGGUGGUAAUUUACCACGCGUUUUCGUUUUUCAGAGCCUAAAAAGCCGGUUGUUGCUGUAUCUGAAACUGGUCAAAAGAUUCCGAUUGGUGAUGGUAGUCCAGUGACUAUGAACGUUGGUGAUAACGUGACAGCAGCCUCAAACACUACCAUCACCAUUAGGUGUCCAGUGAAUGGAGUACCAACACCAACUGUUACUUGGGAGAAAAAUGGAGUGGAAAUUAUCCCUGGCGAUGACAUCAUGAUCACAAGGGAUAACACCUUGGUGAUUGUAGCAGCAACGUCUGAAGAUAACGCCCGGUACAUUUGUCGCGCCCGUGGUCUUACUGGCACCGACAGUGCUUCUUCAACAAUUGAAAUUAUUGGUAAGUGAUGAUAUAACCACUGAGUUGGAUAUUUAUUGUAAUCUUUUUUCAGCAAACUAAUUUCAUACGUUGUAUUAAUACAGAGCCUUCCAGGCCUACAAUAGAAAUCCCUGACCAGCCAAAGACGAUCGAGUCUACGGACCAAAGUCCCAUUGUAACGACCAUUGGUGACAACGUGACAGCAGUUAUUAAUACAAGCGUUACCAUUCGAUGUAACGCCAGUGGAGUACCAAUACCUACUGUCACGUGGACAAAGGAUGGCAAGAAAAUUGUAAAAGAAGACAGAUACAGCAUUCAGGAUGAUGGCUCUUUGCUUAUUAAGGAUAGCAACAAAGAAGACACUGCUCGAUACACGUGUACUGUAGAAAGUGUUGCUGGUAAGGAAAGCGCAUCAAGCACAGUACAAAUUAUUGGUAAGUAGUAUGAUAAAAAGUCUUUCAUAUUCUUUUAACCUGGCAUGUAUGUUACAAAAGAUGAGUAAGCUUUUUAUUGCAAUUCAACAAUGUUAUGUUUUCCCGAUGUUACGGUAUAUUCUAUCGACAAAAAAACAAUACAAUCCUACAAACUCAACUACUUUAUUAAACUUAUUCUUAAUAAGGAGCCACUCCUAAAGGCUGUACAGUACUUAUCCUCGAUGAACUUACUGAAGCCCACGACAGUCUAUAUCUUAGCUCACCUCUGGAAGAUGCUCACGGCAUAGCUUUCUACACAUUCGGUCACUCCCGACGGUAGCAACAGCCACUACUACAUAAAUGAGUCCUUAUAUACAUUCACAAAGUGUUCUGGAACAUUCCAGAAGCUUACAAAAGAACUAUUUUAGUAGUAUUACGAAAUAAGUGCGUGACUUGAUUAAAUUGAAAGUUCUAUGAUACGCAUGUCAGCAUGACUAAGCAGUCUGGAGAUUUCUAGAAGCUUAUAUUUACAACAAUUAUUCAUAACACCGAUUAACGCUUGGGUUUUUUUGUAUUCAUAAACGUGCACCUAAGGUAGUGAUUAGCCGCAGUCUUUAAUGUUUCGCAGCGAUUGAGCAAAUUGCAGACUAAUGUAUUGCCUCUUCACUUGCAGAUUUGAAGGGGCCAUUAAUUUUAGUUCCAAAGCCAGGCCCAAAGAUAUCAAUUGGAAACGGUUACCCAGUAAUUACAACAAUUGGUAGUCAAAUUACUGAGAUUGCUCUUGUUAAAAUCUCCAUGACUUGUCCCACACAAGGAUCACCUCCUCCAAACAUAACCUGGAAAAAAGACGGAAAAGAGUUGGUAUCCGGUAAUGGGUAUGUUAUUGAUAACAAAGGCACACUGACUAUUCUGGAGGCUCUCACGGAAGACUCGGGGAGAUAUUCUUGUUUGGCACAGAAUGUUGCCGGUAAAGAGGAAGUGACGUCACCCAUCGAUAUUCUAGGUAUGUGAGGAGGCAGCUGCUUUGCGAGCCAGGUAUCAGUGAGCCCUUUUGAAAAAAAUGCUUUGAUCGGCGUAAAUUCAGGAGACUCUCAUUCACUUGUUUAAACUUGCCAGGCGAGAAAAGACUGAGAGCGGUAUUAUUGUAAGAAUAAAAGACGCGUAAUAGUAAUAAUAAUGAUGUAUGUCUCGCUCGUGAUGCGUGGUCUCCUAACAGUGUCCCUCAUGACUCUUAAGAACUCGCAACAUUCCAAAGUAGUGGGAUUUCUAGGGCUACGUUACAGUAUUUCUUUUGCUAUCCCAAAAAAGUAAAACUCACUUGCUUUUAAGAGAAAGAGAUGGUAUUUUUCUUUCGUAAUUGUAUACAAAAUGAAAUACAAAUCAUAAUGAGUGAGUACUCCUUCAAAGAUGAUUUCCUAAAAUUUUCUUUUAGAACCUGCGGAACCCAUCAUCUUGCCGUCACAAGGAACUGACAUUUCAGAUGACCACAACCAAAUCACCACUGGAGUAGGUACAAAGAUUGAUACUAUCAAUGGCACCACAGUUGUGAUAGCAUGCAAUGUUAAGGGUGUUCCGAAACCCACGGUGAGUUGGUCUAAGGAUGGUCAGAGCAUAUCGUCACACGACGGCGUAACAUUUGCUUCAAACGGAACGUUGAUUAUCCGGGUAUCUAAAGCUGAAGACAGCGGUAAUUACACGUGCACUGCCAGCAGUCGGUCAGGGAUUGAUAGCGCCACAUCUCCUGUAACAGUCUCAAGUAAGGGUUACUUUUCUCACUCGCGUUGUCUUUAGAGUAUGCAAAAAUCAGUAAAACGAUUAUUAAGGUGUGGUGUAUAUUCAACCACCACACUGCAUAUUAUAGUAAUUAGUGCACCAAAUUAUCCAGCGGACUCAGUAUAAGAACGCAAGGAAGGAUUACGAACGGGUUUACUAUUUUGUCCUAAUUAUAAUGAGCUUCAACAUCUAUUUGCUUCUUAUUUCAGAAUACUGGUAAACGUAAAUUUUUAAUCACUGUGUUAAUCACCCAUCUUUGGCAGAUCUAAAGAGCGAAUUUUAGUCUAAAUUGCAAAAUGUGUCCAUCUUCCCCCAAUAGCUCUGAUAAGAAUGGCAUGGCAUUUGGAUCAGGCGGUGUAUGUGUCUGUCUGUCAGUCAGCUUAUUAGGAGUCAAAGCCAGCCAUUGUUAACUUUUGUGGGAUCUCGAUUAUUUGAUUUAACAUUUUAUUUAGAAAUGAUACGUCUAUAGUCACUGGAAAAUUGGCCAGGAAUUUACUAUUGUUAGUGACCAUUUGAAACUUUAUCAGUUACAAGGAAGCCCUCGAUAGAGCGUUCUGAUAGAGAUGUGUUCUGGGAGUCAUACAGUCCCUUGAAGGUCACUGUGGGUAAUAAAGUUGAGAUCAUUGAUGGUUCGUCCGUUACCUUGGUAUGUAAAUCCAGUGGUAUUCCUCUGCCUUCGUUGAGGUGGACACGUGGUAUCGAGACAUCAUCAGUUUAUGAGAAAUACGAUAUCGAGGAAGAAACGCUGACCAUCAGCAAUAUUCAGAUUGGAGACGCUGAUAACUUUACAUGUACGGCGACUAACAUGGCAGGGCAGGAUACAGUCACCACAGAACUAAUAGUCCUGGGUGAGUCACGUCUCGUUUUCAAACUGACACGAUCUUCAGUAACAUGGUUAAUCAGUUAAAGAUUUUUCUUCCUGUUUUUUGUUUGUUUGUUUGUUUCUACAGAACAUAGAGAACCAGUCAUUCUAUCAAACAAGGUGAAUUUAGUUGACGUUAACAACAGUAAACCCGUCGUUGUUCCCAUCGGCGCCAACAUGACGACCGUUAUCAAUGCCACGAUCAUCAUGAAGUGUGUUACAGAGGGCUCACCCACACCUACUGUCUCGUGGAACCACAAUGGGCGGCUUAUUACCACUGGGGACAGGCACCAAGUGAAUCAUACGGCAUUAAUGAUUGAAAAUGUUCAGCUAGGUGACGCAGGCCGUUAUGAUUGUACAGCAACCAAUAGGUUCGGUCGUGAUGAUGAGUCACUAUUGCUAACCAUCACAGGUAAUUUUGGAGCAGCCCUUUUUUUUUCCUUUGUACUUAAAUCUUGUUCAUGCGACUCAAAUCAAGCGGAGAUAUGACUGAGACCGCACGUAAAUCAAUGAAAGGUGUCUUAGUGUGGUGUUAAGUAUCACGACUUCGACCUUUAAUGCCUUAGAGCCUUACUGCGUGUGUCAUCCUCAAAUCAUCUUAUUCUAACUUUUCCAUUGUUUUCGGCGGGUUAAAAAAAGUUUACAGCAAUUAGACAUUCAAGGACAUUUACACAUAUGGAAACUUCAGUUAACUCAUUUUAGAUGAUGUACAAGGCUCCAUCUUGAUUGAAAAAUUAAAUACAUCAUUUCAUCUUUUCAGUUCCGCCUUUGAUCAGCAAUGUGAAAGGCUCGUUUGAGAUAACCGACAUCAGACAGCUUAUCUCCAUAACAACGGGAGCAGUGGUCACCAUUCCUAGAGGCGUGUCAGUCCGAAUAAAAUGCCUGGCAACGGGCAUUCCACAACCGGAUAUAACUUGGUAUAAACGAGACCAAAAUCACAAGGAAAGAAUGCUAGUGGUACCCAACGCGCAUUUGAAGAUACUGAAAGACAAUUCCCUUUCUAUAAAGCACACUUUAGUGGUUCAUGCUGCCUUUUAUACUUGUGUUGCGACUAAUAUCGCUGGACAAGAUGAAGGAACAACCCACUUGAACAUUGGAAGUAAGGAAGUACACUUUUAUUAUAUAUUUAAAGUGUGCAGUGGUUUCUCUCAUUUACCGAAUGAUUGAGAUGGUUGUCACAGCUCAGGAAAUUAUACUAACAAGUUUUCAGGGUCAGACAAAAAAAAUUAAAUUUUGACUGGCAAAAUUUGAGUUCAAUCGAGGAGUACUUUGUAUAGUUAAAAAAAAAAACUGAUGUCUGUGGCAGGCAUGGUUUAACUAAUUGACAAACCCUUAAAAUUAAUGCCGCGCAGGUUGGCUGGAUUUACUAUGGGAGGUAUCUGUAGUAGGCCUGUGAACGCGCAAGCGCAUGAAGUUACACAUACAUAGGAAGUAUCUCUUGUCACGUUGAAUACACCAUUAUAAGGGUUAUUUCAGGGUGGAAAAAGCCCGAAGUUGAUUUAAACUAUUUAGAAGUGCUAUAAUUCAAAGAAGAGCUAGAUUCCAUUGUGCUGCGUCAAAAUGUGAUAGAUAGAAGACGUCAAAAUGUGAUAGAAACAUGAAAGACAUGCCAGCGCGCGGCUCCUCAGCCUUGCCUUGGUCUUGCUACAUAUUGACAUCUUUUGGGAUCGCCUUUUCGUCGAUUGUCCAUGGAAGCAAAUGCUUUUACUAACAGGAAACAUAAUUAUAGGUUUUUUUUACAGCCUUUCGUAACGUCAAGGAUAGCUCAAAAAGGGAAAAAAACCAGUCUUGAUUUUCUACACUCCGGAAAUAUUGUAGAUUUUAUACUACAAAUGAUUGUCAACAGAAUUUUGAAAUCUAGAAUUUUUACAUGAGCCUUCUGCCGUAAACGUGUUUCUUCAGCUCUAUGAUCUCUCCAUACAUCACUUUUGUGACAAAAUCUGCACACGUGCAGUAUGGAAAUUUUGUGAUCUCAUCACGACUAAUAACAGUGAGCAUUUUCCUGAGAAUUUAACAUUGGUUGUAACAAAUAACACCCUUCUUAAACCGAUUAAAACACUAUUAAUGAUCAUUUGUGCUCACGGUGGUGGACCUUUGGCACCAUUGACUCAAAAUUUACCUGUAGGUACUCUUCAUGAAAUAUUUUCCAUCUAUUUUCCCUAGCACCUCCAGAGAUCCCAAGUUAUUGGCAAGGAAUGAAAUCUCGAUUUAACGACCGCGCUAGACAUCUAAAAGCUGCAGGUGCAUCUGCUACAAUAGUGAAAGGAGCAACUUUAAACAUUAGAUGCGCUGCUUUGGGAACACCAAAACCCACUAUCAAGUGGAUUGUGGCGACUUCAGGCCGACAGAGUCGAUACACUGUCUUACAUGACGGUACAUUGGAGGUACCUAACGCCGACCUUAUGGAUGAAGGAAACUACACUUGCAUUGCAAACAAUUCAUAUGGGACACUAAAUAGGACUACAACCGUUAGCAUUUUGGGUAAGAAGUUACAGCAAGACCUAAAGUAACAUGGCCUUAAAGGUUACGUCAUGUCUGAUGAGUGCGUACUGUAAUUCAAUCAUGUUUUGUUCUGAAGAUUCUCAUCUGAAUGAAUUAGUUAAGGCAGAGUGCUAUAGAAUUUGAGAUUGGAUAAAACUGGACAAACGAAUCAGCUAUGAAGGAAAUUGCUUAUUGUCGAAGUACAUUAUAACGGCCAAUUUACGGCAAGCGACCAUCACGUCGUUAAAAUUUAUUCCUAACAUUCUUUCAAAUCAGCAUCACAUUAAUGCGAAAAACACCUCAAAAUUAUUGUAAGAGUAAAGCUGAACGGGGUUCUUGUUUGAAUGUGCUAAUCCAGCGUAAUUGGUAUGAAGAAGGUAGAACCUCUCUGAUAACAAUGGACCUCACUUAGUUUCUGAGUUGGUGAGGACGGUGAAAAGGGCUGUCAACAGAAAACCUGACUUAUAGCUACCAGUGGUGUUGGCGUUUUGGUUUGGAAAGCUCUCCUUUAAGUAAGGUUGAAAAUCUUUCGUAUGCGGCCUUUGAUUGGUCAAACAGUAUUUCAGAGGUGCGAAAAGUUGAAUUACGAAGCAGGUAGUUAAUGACUUCUUUCUGACAGCUUUCUUAGGUUAAAUCUCGGUGCGCAUGUUAUUUAUUUGUUUUCUGAUGAAGUCGAUCUUCUUAUGAACCUUCAUAGCAAGACUUUGGUUCGAAAGUGACUUCAAUAAUGACUGGUAGUCGAUUUCUUUUUCCUGGAUUAAAAUUAGGGUUUCUUUAUUGACAUGCAUAUUCCAUAUUUGUUAUCAUUGUUUUUUCUCUAUUGUAGUUCCGCCCCAAAUCCUUGAGCGUCAUUUUCGGCAUCUUUACGAUAAGAAAGGAAUUGAAGGUUAUGCAAUGGCUCACAUGGAAGUUAAAAGAAGGAAAGUAUCUUCGCUAACGGUGAAACAAGGUUACAAUUUAGUGUUGAUAUGUACUGUGAGUGGAAGACCCAAACCUCACGUAACGUGGACACGGAAUAGAGUUCUGAUCAAGAAUGACACUCGACAUUUAUUGUUGCCCAAUGGAGUGCUGUUGGUUCGUCGCAUUCUUGUUAAGGAGUCUGGCCAAUAUAAAUGUGUUGCAACCAACGUAGUCGGAAAAGAUCAAGGAACUGUACAGCUUACUGUGAGAGAUCAAGGCAAAGGUGAGCACAGGGUUUGAAAACAUUGUGUCCAUCCGGGAACCUAACAAACAUAUGUAAACUAAGCAUACCACGGAAAGAAUAGCAAUCAGAUCAGAGACUUUAGUGGAGACACAGGUAGCCUAAGCUCGCACAAGGACCGUAGAUGUGCAUAUAUGUUGAUGUUGCUUAAAGGGCGAAAUACAAGGAUUUGUUACUAAAAGGUCGCAUAUCACUGUAAAGACCUGAGCUAGUUGUAAACACCUUGUUUUAGUAAUUGUUGCUAUGUAUCGUAUGAGUUUUAUGGGUGGUUCAUCUGCUUUGCCGUCUAUAUAAUCCUCCAUCUGCUUUGCCGUCUAUAUAAUCCUUCUCUAAGACAGGCGAGUGGGAAUCUUAAAUCGAACAAAUCCACUGGAAGAAAAACGCCGAAAACUAUCUCGAAACCUCUCCAAUCACUACAAAAACGAAGAUGGUCUUGCAGAGACAUUAGUUAAGUCAAACGCUUAACCAUUCCGUGGAAGUACUAUGUAACUCUGUAUAUGAGACGCAUAAUAUCGUCAUUGGAGAUAGCCUUAAUGAAUUGAAUUCGUUUUUAGGGUAUUGGGAAGCUUCAGAGUGGAGCCAAGUAAGUAAAUUGUUUUUAAUAAGUUGCUUAUAAGCUAAAUGACUGCAGUGGUCCAUGUCAACUGAAACUAAACUUCAAACAAGUUUAUCAUUGGAUUUUAUUUUAUUUUUAUUUUUAUUCUUUUUUUAUUUGAUUGAUGUGACGAAUAUAGACGUAAACAAACUGAGGCAACAGUUUUUGAAUAUUCAGGGAGGUCAUAUUAUCAUUACCGAUCAAAACGUCACCAAUGAGUAGCCAAAUAACUCACUAAAUCAAGUUCUUCAUCCCUGUGCUUUGUGUAAUUGUUUUGUGGUCAACGAUUCGUGAUAUGUGAUUCUGUGAACCAAAAAAUUAUUGGUCAAAAAUUAUGUGGAGAAAUUUGGUUAUCAUGUCAUCUUAAGUCAACAAUCUUCAUUCUGCACGUGUGGCAUAUGAACCUGGUAUCUGGCCGUCCUUGCAAACGAAAGAAUCGGGCCGUUAAUGACAAGGUCUAGCUCUUGAAUUCACACUGGGAACUUAAAUUUUGCUCCAUUCCAUGCCGGUAACGAACAUCUCUCUACAAUGUGCGUGUUCUCUCUGGUAGCCAAGGUGAUGGUGAGGCUUUGUUAACAACCCCGUCUUGUGACACCCUUCCCAAUGGCUUCCCCCAGAGGGAUAUGUUCGUUAUGGGAUGGAAGUUUCCAAAGGCCAAACUAUAGCUCAUCAAUCAGUUUCGCCGUGCUGUGCUUAAUAUGCUUACACUUGACUAAUUGUCCUAUAUCUGUUGGAUAUUUUUUAGUGUGGCAAUUGUGUGUCUCAUCGCCGUGGCUGGCAGGAAAGACACAUCAGUUGUAUUGGUCCAGGAAAUGUAGUUGCUAAUGACCUCCAUUGUAUUCAUAAGCCUAAACCAAUCAAACGCCGUAAAUGUACUCACAAAGACUGUGAAGUGAUGUGGCGGGCGUCAGCUUGGUCAGCGGUAAGUUAUGGUGGUUUAACGGAUGUGGAGAGUUGUUGUGCUAAAGAUACGUGAGUAUCGUGUUAUCCAGAGUCAAUCCGUCCUAUUCAUAUUUUGUGCCAAGACCUAAUUUUGCAUUUGUUAUUUUUGAUAACAUUAACCUCUUUUCUCGGGCAGCGUGGCCCAACACCGUUAUUUAUAUAUCAGCACCAAAACGGGAAAUUUGAAUGCGAACGCACUUUGACUAGCCGAAAAAAAAAGAGUGGAAUAGGGCCAUACAUUUCCUGUGGAAAACUUACUUUACUUGCUUUCCUGAGUUUCUGAAGUGCUACUCAACAAUUUGAAAAGCAAAUGUUGCAUGUAGUCCUUGUAGCCUAGUAAUAUGAAUUUUGACAAAUUUAAGGAUUUACCCUUCGCGUUCGAAAUUUAAGGAAAACUGCCCUUUUUUCCAGUGGAGAAAAUGACCCCGGUACGCGCAAUUUAUAAGUGAACGAUGGGAAAUAAAUGUUGGAUGUUUUUCUUAACUGACUCCGUCCUUAGAAUUGGGUAAAUUUGGGACAAGCCAUUUGAGAGUUUGAAGUCCGAGGUGAAAAUUCGUUUUAAAAGACGGCGUACCUUUGCCACGAGUACUAAUGUAAAUUAUGCUUUAAAAUUGGGGAUUCUUCGCGCGAAUGCUGAGAAGUGAUCAAGCACUUUCAUCCAUAUGUCGGUGUGAAAUGAAAAAUAGUUUUUGAUUUUAAACAUGUUGAAAGAUGAUAUAAUACUUUUGGUGGCAUAAAACUUCGGGAUUUUUAUGAUCUUUCUUUUAUAUUAAUGUUGGCUAACUACCUGGCUAAAGUUUUUUUUUUUUCACGAGGUUAAACCAAAAGGUGUUUUUUAACUUUAGGUAAAACAUUUUUACUUAAACGUGAAAGUUUCUUUCAUCGAAAUACAGCUCAUAAUACUCCUUUUUGUUGGUUUGUUUUGUUCUCCUUCCUACUUUCCUUUGCUCACUCGUCAACCUAACGGCUCGUUUGUAUCUUACGGUGUCUGUCAAGAUGUAAUCAUUAUGUUAUUAUUAUUAUUAUGUUUUAGUGUUCGCGUACUUGUGGUUUACAUGGAAUCAAGCUACGCAACGUUCAAUGCGUAUUUCUUAAGAGCUUAAACCUAGCUACAGGUCAAUGUCACUGGCAGGAAAAACCCUCCCUGCAGGAACCUUGUAACAGAAAGUCUUGUACUAAAGGUUAGUUUGUCGAUUUUGACAGUUUAUUUUUAAUCCAUUUGUGUAUUAAACUCGGGUUGAACUCUUUUGAGGUCUAAUUGGAACUGAGGUAUUUCUUCCAAGGUGGGAAAAGCGAAGUAGAUAUAGAAGCGUAACACGCACAGCCGACAGGUGAAACAGUUUUUUUUACAGUACAAAAGAACCUACUUUCCAAUAUCCACGCGCUCUCGGAAAACUGUUCGCAUCUUGGAACAGAUAUUGUCCAAGGACAAAUAUCCGUACUUAUUUCCGCGCAAAGUAAAGGCUAUAGUGUUUGUUAAAAAUUGUUAAUGAACAGCUUACUGUAUGCAGUGUGGGAUGUUUUCUUUAAAGCGUUCGACCUGAUAAAGUGUACGACUUAAUAAACAAAAAAAGAUGUACCUUCUAAAACAGUCACAAAUUCCUCUCUGAUUUUGAAUUAAAAUUUGAAACGCAGACUACGAAGACUUGGAUAUCGCCCAGUUUUAGCUGCUGGACUAAGUGCAGUUGAACAAUAAUAAAUAGAUAUAUACGCAUACCAAAAUAGAGAAAACUGUUUGCAGUUAGGUUGGCUUUAAAUAGCUGCUACUGUUAGGCAUGAUAUCACAACUGGAUUUGCUGUCAAUGAUGCCAUUUUUCUCAACAUGGAUCUAAAUUUCAUCUUCUUCUUUUUCAGCGAAUUGUGUCGACAAAGUCAAGUAUUGCGAAAAGGUCAAGAUAAUGAGAAUGUGCCCGGUGUAUUCUCGCUGGUGUUGCAACACGUGCCACUCCUGAAUAAGCGCGCGAAGAUGAAGUUAUCCUUAAAAUUUUGCAUAGUUAAAUAUUCUAUUUAUUUAAACGAAACCUGUAAGAGCAAUUGUACUAAUGUCAUCUGGAAGCCGUUGAAAGCCUUGUUUAGUGCCGAUACAGUUUGAAGGUAAUACAGGCAAUGUUUAAGGUGUAGGAAGAUUUUAGUCAUCUCCUUGAGAACUCGAACUAAAUUAUGAAAUGUUCAGAUUUGCAUUUUCUCAAUUUAAAUUCAGGAAUAUUUGUGUUUGUCUGUAAAUCUACCUAAAAAAAUCAAACUCAAGUGGAGAUCACUGAAAAGAUGUCUACAUAUCGACAAAGAGCCUUGCAAGCUUACUAUAGCAUAGAGAGGACACAUGCAUAGAGAGUACAUAUACAUCACGUGACAUGGCUAUUAUAGGAAUAUCGUUAUUUGAAAAAGUAAAAUUGCUAUUUUUAUUUGUCAAUGAACUUGCCUGCCUUAUUCAUGUCCAAGCUAAAGCAGGAGUGGAUGAACCCCAUCAUUAUGUACUCAGCUUAACCACUCUACUGUCACCAACUCCUCUCUACUUCCCAUUUACUAGUUUGCGUCAAUUCUUACGUAGAAAUGAAGAUCUACCAAUUGCCUGUAUGGGCAUGGAGUUGUAUUCUUUCCGGCUACGACAUUCUCUCCCGAUACCCACGGACCAACUCCGCAUUUUUUAUGGUACAAAUAAUCGAUGACAUAAUUGUUGAAAAUAUCAGCUUUUAAUGUGCAAAAUCUUUCCAAUCCUCUUCAAAGGUUAACCAAG